GCAGUUGCCCCAGCGGCUCCACACAGCCAGCAGGCUAGACUCCUAAAGCUUUACAGAUUUAUCUCAGACAUUAUCGUUUUGAAUACAAUCCCUCUCUCUCUCUCUCCCUCUCUCUCUCUCUCUCUCCCCCUCUCUUGCACGCGCUGCGCCCGUGCUCAUCCGGACACGCGGCUGGGAUUUCUUCUUUUCCAUGUAACUUAACGGCAGCAGCGGCAGUAGCAGCAGCAGCGGCAGUUGUUGGACCGGCAUUUUUCGGCGCCGUCUCCUCCUCCUCCUCCUCCUCCUCCUCGCAGCGGAUUUUACAGAGAACCGCGAUGAUAUUCGGCAUCACCCUGGACUGAAACUAAAGCCGUUAUUCCGGGACAUUUCAACACCUCGGACAGCGAAAAAAGAAAAGGGUUUCAGCACCCUGGACAGAGAGCAGCCAUUCUCAGAGGAGGUAAGGCAGCGGAGUUGAACAGUUUUUAUUUGGUUACAGCAGGAAAAAAUGAUCCUUGUGUAAUUUGUUGAACGUGCAGCGACUUCCAUGAGAAAGACAGAGGGAAUAUAGAAGCACAGAUACAACAAACGGCAGAGGAGGGUGAAGGUCUCCAUCUUUUUAAAGCACUUUAACAGAGUUCCUUUACAUCUGAGUUUAACGGAAUGAUUUAACCAUGUUGCCACUCGAGUUCUCCGUAUUAAACAGACUAAAUGUGAAGGAGACAGUUCACUCUGGUGUCUAGAUUCAACAGAGAAAGCGCAAAUAACGGGAUCGGAGGGUUUUUAUCACCAUCCUCACACUCCUCCUCUUCAUCUUCCUCAGUUUAAUUUAAAGCAGCUGUUUAUUUUGAGGAGUCAGCGCGUGCCCAAGCAGCGGCGGCUCGUGCCUCCGUUCUGCGCGGAAAAAUCAGCCCAUCCAUGUUGCAGGGCCCCCCCACCGCCAAUCACCCACCACACACACACACACAAACACACACUAAAGCCUAGAGAAAUAUAACCCUCUCGACCCCGGGUUACUUCCUAAUAUGGACACUUCCGUUUAGAUACCUGAUAACGAGCAGGAGACCCAUACAUUUAAAUUAUAUAACAUUUUUACAUUUACUAUAAGAGGGCAGACUGAGGGCCUCAAUGGCUCUUCAAACAGGAAACACGGCUGCUCCCUGGACCCCCUUAAAGGGAUAUUCCAGCGUAAAAUUAAUUUAGGGUCAAACACACCGAAACGCCAAGUUAGACCCCCCCUCCAGAGAUGAAUGUUGCCAACCGCUUACUUUUAUAGUUAUACCAACUUUAGUAACGACCGUGCGAUAGCAAUACACAGCGGUAUUCGCCUCUCUAUAGCCACAAAUAAUGCUCAGAACAGCACCUAACUUCAUCAACAGGACAUAUAGGGUCACAGACAUAGUACUAGACACCAAACAUCUUUUUAACUUUGCAUAGAGACUAAACACAACUCACCUACUCUCUUCCAGCAGCCGCUUGUUUGUACAGAGACCUCAGGCCAGUCCAUUACAGACUACAGCGGAGUUUCGCAGCUCAAGGAAGAACAUUUAUGAUAAUUUCGUUAUCAUUUCCUUGAAGUAAUAAUCACCAUAUUAAUCAUUUUGCAGACGCGGUAGUUCUUCUGUCUUAGCGUCUCAGUCUGAUUGUAUUUCCAUGAAGAAAUGAUCAUAAAUGUUCUUCCUUGAGCUGCGAAACCCCCCAACAAGCUGCUGCUGGAAGAGAGUAGGUGAGUUGUGUUUAGUCUCUUUGCUAAAGAAAGUCAAAGUCAAAGUUAAAAAGAUGUUUGGUGUCUAGUACUAUGGCUGUGACCCUAUAUGUCCUGUUGAUGAAGUUAGGUGCUGUUCUGAGCAUUAUUUGUGGCUAUAGAGUGGCGUUUUGGUUGAGCGCGUGGCUCUCUGUAUUGCUAUUGUGCGGUCAUUACUAAAGUUGGUAUAACUAGAGAAGCAAGCGGUCGGGGUGUCUAACUCCGGAAUAUCCCUUUAAUGAGCUUUUAUGACACCUCUCAUCUGCUUGGUUAAAGUUAAUCAUGCAGGUUUCUAUUGGCGCCAUUAUCAAUAUCUCAUCCUCUAACCUUAAACGAUCAGUUCAAGUCCUUAGCUGGAGCUCUUCUUAAGUUCACCAUACUCCUACCGUAUCGUUUAAGACUGUUUAACCCUCAAAACUUCAUGUAUGUGACUGUAGAUUGACAAAAAAUGAUAAAUUAUCACUUUUUCCUCAUAUUUUAAUAGUUCAGCCGAAGAACCAAUCAGCGUAUUAAUCAUCGGUCGAGUCAAAGCCAUAACCCGAACGUCUCAAGUGUUGGUAAAUACUGUCACAUUCAAGGAGCGGUUUAUUUUACAUCCUUGUAAUCCGCGCGGCACAUUAGCUGCUGCUGGGAUUAAACGUGUGACCUUUUGGCGAGCAGAGGGGGAACUUGAAAUUGAUGUGGCCACCCAGCCUCUGUGUUCCCGCUCGCUCGCUCCCUCGCUCGGCCCCAUGCAUCACUUGAUCUGUCUGCUGCAGCUCUUUUUGCACGAAGGAAUUAACUCUCCGAAUGUAAAGGAAGAAAAAUGCUCAUGUCAGACCUGCUUUGUAUAAGAGGUGACCCCCGGUGCUUUUUGCCUCUGGUGCUCUAAUAGGCUCUGAAAGUCCUAAACACACACACACACACACACACAAAUACCCACACGUUUACACACAGCCUGACUGUGCAGUCCCUCCGUGAUGAAGGUUUUCCCUCCCUUCCUCUUUUUUAAUGACGUUCAUUAGGAUUUUGAUUACACCGAAUGUGUGAUAACUCUUGCCUCGGUGGUUAGCGUGUCUGAAAUGUCAGCUGCGACUGUGAGUGACAAGAAUUAACCGAAGGAAGCCAGAAGCGUGAGUCACAGCGGUGAUACUCGCACUCGGCUUCACUCCAGUGCUCUUAAAAGAAAGGAAACACAUUUUCAUAAGCCAGUUUUGCCUCUGGAUUAUUAAACUCUGGACCCUGCUGUAAAGAAAUUGCGGCUCUAUAUCAUGGGGAUGAUGAAAUAAAUGCAAAUUAAUCUUUCAUGCUCAAUUUAUUAUCCAAUAAACAGAGCGUGGAUUUGAAUUUGAAUAGUGGCCCUGCAGAGGACAGGCCACACAAUUGCCGGUUACCCUCUUUUUUUCCAAACUGCCUUUGUCUUGUUAGAAAGAAAUCCCCGGGUUAGAGCGAGUGGAAGACACAGAAUUCUGUGCUUUUAUUGUGAGGCAGCACUCCCUAUAAAAGCAAAGCCGGUUUAACAGUGGUUUUUCCGCCCUGGGGGGUAUGGCUUAACUGGUCCCUCUGUCUAAAACGGUGCCUCAUCAAGAAACACGGCACAGCGCGGCACCUCAGGGUCAGCGGUUACGAGGCCUCAUUGGCAUCCAAGACGCGGCCGCUCCUCGGACUCUGCUGUGGAAUUUUUCAGUGUCACACAGAUCACAAACCGGGCUGCUUUUCAUGAGCGUGCGAGUGUUGAUCACGUAUCUGCAUGCUCGGGAUCCCAUUUAUGAGUCUCUUAAAAUUCAGAAACCCCCACUAGGAACGCAAUUAAAUCCAAUACUGCUCCAACUACAUGAGAGGCCUGUGUGAAAGCCAGAGAGAACGCCCACUCACACCCCUCCUCGCUCACUCACUACAACCCCCCACCACCUCCUCUUUCCCUUUCCCAAUCAGCAUUGAAAGCCCCUCCCCCUCAUCCCGCCGCCGCCGCAGAGUGAAUUGUGGUCAAUUUGAAUGAUCAACUGAAGACAAUCUGGGAGGUAAUAGCUGUCACUGAGGAUAUCGGGCUGUAAUGAGCUCUGCCAACAGCAGACCUGUGUGCACGGGAUAGUCGAUGUGAUUCCUCUCCACUCUUGUUUGUGUCUAAAGCUCCUGUGGCAUGCAGAAACACCCCCCUCCCUCCCCAAAAUUAGACCGCUCUGUCGCCGCUUUCCUCGGCUCCACGCUGGGAAAAGGUUGCAUCCUGCUACGCUAAGCUAAACCGUUCUGUUCUGUGCUUGGCUCUAUGUCAUGAAGCUGCUGUUGCAUCUGAUGCAGUAUAAGCACUGGGCUCAUCUCAUCGGUUCUCAGCCACUGGUUUUCCUCUCCAGAAUGCUUCCGAGGGGCUAUAAUCUCGCUGACAUAAUGGCGUCCACUGGGAUCGAUAGCCAAAUGGCAGAGUGGAUCAAUAGCUACCAUACUGUAAAAUAACGUGGUCUGAGAAAGGGAGAGGCGGAGGGAGGAAGGGAGGGAGGGGAGAGCCUGCAGCAAUCGUAUGUGUGACUCUGGAAACUCUUUGAAAGUAUACUCCUUAAUUAUGGAUCAAAAAUACCAACCUUGUUAACGAGCCAUGUAUUAUAGAUCGCUCCAUGAUCUAUGCUAAUGUAAGCACAGCAGCUGCAGAAAAAAGAGGAGGAAAAAAAAAACUGGCAGGACCUUACUUGCUUGCUUGCUUUUCCUUUUAACUACUUCACAUGCAAAUGCAGACUCACUGAGGGAAAGUACAAGAAAAACGGAGAGGAGGAAAAAGCUCGCAGGAGAAAACAGGCCUCUGAUUGGUCAGAGAGCGUUAACCUUCAUCAAAUGUACAACAUAUCUAUAUAUCCAUAUAAAUAUACAUCUUUACGUCCUCGAUACACAAAACAAAAGUGCUCACACAUCUAACCUAUUUAAUUACCAGUCUGUUUGCUUUCCCUUAGGAGCCAGGAAAUUCAUUAAUCAAGCUUUUAUCCGAGCCUGGCCAAGAGAUAAAACAUUCACUCUAUAUGUAGGAAGACAGCAGAGGAAAGUUCCUGCAGUGUUAUCAGGUAGAAAACAGCCACAGUUUUUCACUUUCUGCUUUAAAGGCUCCUGAAAUUAUCCACCUGUUUGAAAUGUUUUCUCUGCAGCACCCUCAGAGAUGAUAUUAUGCACCGCAAAGCAGCAUAAUGGCUUUUGGCAAAGAAAAACAAACAGGAGAGCUAACUAGCUAAGGGUCACAGCGAGAGCUCGGUAACUGCUGCUAUUCCGACAGAGAAGCAAAUUACCCAGAAUGGAGAUAAGAAGUUUAUCUUUCUGUCAGGACGACACAGCGAGGGCUGAUGCAUGAUUAGAUCCAGCUUUAAAAGAACCGCCGCCACCCUCCAUGGCGGCUCCUCUGUCGGAGGGCAAUUUGGCAAACUGCUCAGCAUCUCAUAAAGCAGAGUUGCAAUAGCUUUUCGCCGGACAUCUAUAAAUCAAAGGCUCCAAAUCGGAGAGUGUCGCCCGGGGAGAAAACAAAUUUGCAGAUGUGGAUUUUGACCAAUCACUGCCACUGUUGAUUAAGACUGGGAGGUGUUAUGGCGUUAUAAAACUCUUCUGGCGCCGUAGUUCCUCCUUAUCGCUGCUUUCACCGAGGCCAUUUUUUAGCUGUUAGCUCGGCCAAUUUGAUACAGUGGAAAAGGAGAAAAAAAACAGGAGUUGUAGCAGGAGCCUCUCCCUGUUUCUGUUUACAUGAAAUGUUGACAAGUCGUUACAACACAUGUCACCGUAUAUGUGGUUAUGUCGCUCCACAUACAAAGACGCGCACAGACAUUCCCCCAGAUAGUUCCAGGCACCUUCUCGCUCCUGUGCACACCACGCUUUAAAGGCAGCGUGGCUGUGCUGUGCGGGUACAUGGCGGUGAAAUAUUGGAGUCAUUGCAGCCCUGCAGGCAUGCAGUUAUCAGGGAUACAGGACUGAUGGGAAAUCAAUCAGCUCAAGUGGAGUGGCCUGGCCCUUGGUGAGGAGAUGAUUCUUGUCUUCUCGGGAUGCAGUUUGAUGUCAGCAGCUCCUUGAUCAAACUACUGGAGUAAAACAUGCGUGUCAGUUUGUAUAUAUGAAAAUAUGUGUCCGCUCUAUCAUUCCGCCUAUGUCGGCUAUCAUCUAUCUGUGAGACGCUCAUGUUUUCUGACAAGUACCCGUCAUGUUAGGAGUGAUGAUUGCCUCGUAUAGUAGACUAAAAGCUAAUGUAUGUUACUGACUCUGAGCUUUAAACAGAACUGAACCUGAAUACUGGACUGAAGUUUGACUAAAGUCGGAUCAGCUUUUAUUCACAGAGACAGGCCUCUCUUCAAGUCCCACUCUGAUCAUUUUUUUACUACUUUAAGGGCCUGAUCUACUAAGAUCCAGAAUAGCGAGCGCUACAUUGUGUAUGCAAACUAAAAGACUGCACAUGCAAGAGGAGAGUUUGUGAGAGCAGAGUGGUUGAAGCCAUGGAGUUGCACAUAUCGUUUUGGGGAACUGCAUAAAGACAAGGGAAGUUUAUCUGUACAGCACCAUUCAUACACAAGAUAAUUCAAAGUGCUUUACAGAUGCAAGAAGAUAUACUAGAGAUCAGAAACAGGAUUAAGAAGAUUUAAAAUCAUUAAGACAAACAGAUACAUGUUUUCGUUUGUUUUAUGUUUGACCUUAUUAUUCAUGAGAAUCGUCAUUUACCGGAAAUACAAAAUAAAUCAGAAGCUUUUGGGCGAGGAUCAUGGCGUCUAUCAUGGCAGUUUUGCAUCCUUCUCUCCUAAUGUCUUUAGGGACACAAUGAAAGUUAAUAUCAUAAUUAACUUUCUUAUGAGUACUGCAACCAGCUAAUGCACACACUUGUUAUGCGAUCGUCCUCUCUACUUCUCCGAGUCUGGAUUGCAUAGCGGGGCUCUGGGGGCGGAGCUUGGAUUUGAAACAUAGGAAAUCCCACUUUUUCUGAACCUGUCUGUGAGAGAUUCAGAGAUUUGAACGAAGAAAUACUCAGAAAUGCAGUUUUUACUGUAUAUAGAAUGGAUGUCUGCCUCCUCGCUGGGUGAAGCUACUUUGAGAACAGCACCCUCUAGUGACGGGCUGCAGUAUAGGUCAUAAACCCCGCCUCCUUAUGGAGCUGUGGACAAACUUUAUAAAUGAAUGACACAGAAUAUAAAUGUUUCUCCCCCCUGGUUGUGAUGUUGACAUGUAGUUACUGUCAGACUGGUUUGUGUUCAAGUCCUCUUUUUUCUGUACAGCUCCAUUUUUAAAAGUUAUUAGGGGGUUCAUGUUUUCUUUGAUUGACACCUGAUACAGCCUAUGGGCGCACGAAGACUGCAUAGCUCAACCUGGGGAGACACUGUUUGAGCCGAGCUUCAUCACAGCAACUUACUGCAAUUCUUUCGCCGAAUGCGAACAAUGCUACUGCGCAAAUCUGUAUCCUGGCGGAAGGCGGAACCAAGUUGUCCAGAGUAUAUACAGUCUGUGGUCCAGUAGCAUCAGAAAAAUGCUGUAUGAACAUGUAGACAACAAGAAAAACAUGAUUUUCAUCUAAGUGGGUCUUUAAAAGAGAACGAGAUCGCCUCUAUAAAUGAAGGUUUAAUGAUCCAGAGUCUAAAGUUCUGAUUGUGCCAAUCCUCGUGUGUUUGGGCGAGAUACUGAACCCCGGUGAUUGUUCCAUGGAAAUGUGAAUGGGAUUAAUUGAUACUGAUGAGCACUUUACAUAGCAUCCUCUGCUAUCAGAGCAUGAAUAUGGUGUGAACGGGUAAACAUGACAUGCAUAUAAAAGGCGAUUUCCAUUUAUAACAGCUUAAGGAAAAAACUGAACACAGACAUCUAAUGGAGACUGUUUUCUAAAGCAGGUUGUGUUACAUUUGCAUAUGCUAUACAGGGGUUUGUUUGUUGUUAUGUUGCUGGUGUUAAAAGAUGCUCUUUUAAGGGUAAACAGUGGCACUAAUGGAGGCAGGUGUGUUUACAUGAGAACUAUGAUUAUUUCCAAGCUUGUCUUAAGUAUCCGUCAGCCCGUCUUCAGGUGUUUCUACCUGCGUAUGAAGUUCUCUGUUUGCUCAAAAACAGCAAACCGGUCUGUUUCAUCCCUGUGUCAACCUCAUAUCUAAUUCAUACACAAUAUUGUUGCUCACCCGCUGCGUGUGUGUGCGCCAUGGAGUGCUUUGGUAGCAGCUUUUGGCCGGAGCUGAAUCACACACACACACACAGAAACAAAGAGGGUAAAGGUAAUGUAGUGUAGCUGGAGGCUGUAGAGGAUUUAAGUGUCCAUAAACAUUACUGUGCCACAUUAUCCCACAGAGACUGUUUCCUUUAUAAUGAUGCUAAGUAGGAAUGUAAACCCAUUUUCAUGCAGAGCGCUCAAUGGCUUCAUCCUGACGGGGAGGCAGGGACAGGAUGUGUGUGUGUGUGUGUGCAUAUAUAAGUAUGCAUAUGUGUGUGUGUGUGUGUGUGUGUGUGUGUAUGCUCCAUUUACAUUUUCACAUUUUACAGAAGCUGUUACAGCAAACAGCUUAUACAACAAGCGUCACCGUACGAGCUUAAACAACCUGGCUGUCGGCAUAACAAGCUUCCACAUUAAUCUACCGUCGUGUGUGUGCAUGUGUGUGUGUGUGUGUGAGGUUGUGAACUCAUAUGUGCUUAUACAUGUAGCCAUGCAAAGCGGGGGUGUCACAGCGCCGCUCCUGAGAUAAACCCUCUUUGCGUGUUUUCGCUCCUGUUUGCAGGUGCUGCUUCUUCCUCGCCUUCACCUGUCCACAUGCUUCGUGUUUGUAUUUGUGUGUGUGGGUGCAUCUGCAUUUGUGUGUGGGAAUCUUUGAGCUUACACUGGCCUCUGUUUGAAAAUGUAUGAGCACAUAUAUCUAAGUGUAUGUGUGUGUCUGCAUUUGAUAUACUUUUUUAAAGCCGGAGAGUGUGUGUUUGUGCAUUUCUGAGUGGGUAGGAAGUACCCUGCUGCUGAAAGCGGCGCAGUAAAUAACUUCUAAUUUAACAUCUACCAGGCAAGCCAAAAUCAUUCGAGCAUUUCAGAGAAAACUUUCAAGAUAUUUUUCUUUUUAUUGCCUCUGAAGUUCUGCGAGUCCACCAGUGAAAGCUGCAGACGGCGGCGACAAAACUCAAGAGUAAAAGAGUAAAGAGUAAACAUUACAAACACGCGUGCUUCUUCAGAGCGCGGCGGAGGUCACUGGAUGGUAUUUGAGUAUAAAAAUGAUGUGAAAAGCUUUAGUUGAGAUGCAUUUGUCUCAUAAUUACACCACUUUUGGAAAUGGGUUUGUCAAAAUAAUGCAGUAGAAGAUUUCCUCCACCCACUUCAUCCUACAGUUCUUUAAAUGUCAGAAUAACAUAAAGCAAAAAAAUGCAACAAACUCGCAUCUGAGGCUUCACUCCUCGCGCUGAAAUACAUAUCCAAAUGCAGCCGCUCAACCAUGGCCGUGAACUUAAGCUGACAGAGCUCUGCCACGGCGCUCACCUGAAAACUACACUGUCACUCGCUGUCACCACAACAUUUCAAAAACGCCUCCAUGCAGCUGAGCAUCCAUCUGCAGGAUGUAAAACUAUCUCAGGGUAGAGACAGAACAGGAGGAAGGAGGAGGACGAGGAGGAGGGGUGUAAUAUUAUUUACCCCGAUGAUAGUGAGAGUAGAGAGUGACAGGUUUACAGCCUGGGCACCAAAUAUAUUCAUUAAAGAGAUUCGUUAUAAAUAAAUCAUGAUGUUGGGAAGCUGCUUCAAAAGUAUUGCUUACUGUCUCUCAGUAAAACCAGCAGAAGAAAAAUGUCAAAGCUGCUAAAACUAAAAGUUAAACAGCUAAAAACAAACAUUACAAAAGUUUGGCACGGUCACCUGGAAAUAAAGACCUGUGAGAUUUGACGACUUGUUGACAAAACAGAAAUUUCUGAUCAUGCAUUAUGUAUAAAAGGGUCCAAAUUAUGAAAAAGUAUUGCCAAAUUCCUUGCAACCCCUGAAUGCAACAAAGAUUCAACCUGAUCCAAGCAAAGAAACAGCAAGGACUGUUUUCCUUUUUUUUCAUGCAAUUCUAGAUUUUGUUUCAUUUUGACGACUCAAAGUUCAGAAAAAUCCAUCUCCCAUCUUUCUCAAGGUGCAAAAACUCAAAGUUUAGCAAUCAAACUUCAUAUCUCACACUGUUCUGAUAGCAGACAUUUGUCUGAGACGCCGAGCUCAGGUGGUAUCUCAGAUAUUGGACAAACUUUUAACCUGUUUGUUUCCAAUAAAGGAGAGUGAAACAACUCUGGUGCUGUUUGUAUCAGCUUCUCUCCAUCAUCAGGUCAAAUUCAUGCUGAACAAACUUCCCGGUUUAGAGUUAAGUUAGCAGCAAAGGUGGGUGGAGUGAAUCAAAGUAAAUUAGUCACAGCCUGCAGUAUGUCCAUCUUCUAAAGCUGGACUGAACUCUCUUUACUGCAGGACUGAAACUCAGCACAGCGAAAAGAGGUGCUCAACAAAAAAGAGCCCGUUGUGGAUCACAAAGGCCCUGAAACCCCCUGAUUAAGCAUUAUAUUAUAGAAAUUACAGUAAUCAGGGGGCACUUACACAGACAGUUAAAUGUCACUAACUGAGAGACUUUGUGUCUUUCCCUUCAGCUUUCUCCGCCCGUCCCUCUCAGGAUAAGACCAGGGGAAAAUGGUCAGUAUUUGACUUUGCUGAAACUCCGACAGUUUGAAAGAUAGGGGGGCAUCAAAAUUUAAUAAAUGACAUGAGUUAUGACAUUUUCUACUUUGCCUUUUUCCCUCCACUGCCUCCGUUAGAUUGUAAGUGACAGCUCGGCUUCAAGUCAGGAUCCCCCCGGUCACAAGUGGCUCUUGGCCUUCUGGUGGCCCUGCCAGUUUGGUUUGGAGGAAAGGGAACGAGGUAUCAAACUGAUGUUUUUUAAUUCGAUUUAUUUAUUUAGCACAGAUUAAAAACUGUGCAUGGAGGGGACGAAGGUGAUAGGUUUUUUACAGAGUUCUACAUCCGUCAGGGCCGUGAAGGCGUAGGGUGCAAACGACGAAGUAAUGAGGACAUAGACAGGUUAUAAAUAUACGAUGAUUAGGAAAAGAUUAAAACAUGUACAAAUUGUCAUAAAUAGAAUAAAGACUAAUCAUCAACCAGAAAUAGAGAAAAUAUAAGAAUAAAUAAAAACAUUACGGUGCUCAUUUGUGGAACAGCCUACCUGCAGACCUGAGAGCGACACCUACUGUUCAUAUUUUUAAAAGUAAACUAAAGACCGACCUUUUUAGUCUGGCUUUUAGUUAAAAUUUCUUUUAAUCUGCAUUAUGUGAUUUUACCCUAUUUUAGUCCAAGAGUAACUAUUUUGUGCUUUAUUGAUUGAUGAUUGGUUGAUUCUUUGACUGUUUUAUUUAAUCAAAUUUUAAAUCUUUAUCACCUUUAUUAUAUUUUAUCAUGGUUUUAUCGUUUCAGUCUGAUUGAUUGAAAAAGAAAAGAAACAUAAACAUAACAGAUAAUGACGUGUUUAAGACGUGAUUAGAUGAGAUUUCAGAAUCAGAAUCAGAAGGGGUUUUAUUGCCAUUGUUGAUGAACAGGAUUCACAGACUAGGAAUUUGUUUUGGCAUGAUGGUGCAACAAUAAACAGAAAGAAAUAUAUAAUACUGCUUGAAUGAACAGCAGUUUGUGCAACAUUAUAUGUAUGAAAAGUGCUUCAAAAAUAAAGUCUGAUUGAUUAAAAAGAAAACUAAACAAUCUAGAACAACAGUGCGGUGGGAGGAGUGCAAUUUAAAAAUCCAAAGUGCAUUAAACUAAAGUUCAAUGAUAUUUUAAAAGAUUUGAAGGAUAAUAUUGAUUUUAGAGAUCCAUCCAGAUCAGUCCAUAGUUUCUCUAAAAGUGAUAUUAGACUGAUGACAAGAAGUUCUACAGAAAGGUAACUGAAGACAGUAAUUUUGUUUCAUUGAGUAAUCAUUAGGACCAAAAUUAUAUUGGUCUUUUUUGUGCAUCAUGUAAAGUGAGAAUAGAGACACUGAGAAAAAGGGGAUUUUGUGCAGAUGUGUGUAUAUGUGUGUUUGUAAAUGAUAUAAUGUCUCUCCAUAUGCCCGUCAGCACAGCUGCACACUGCACAAACUGAUUACGGCACGGUCCAGCAAAUUGAAUAACAAUCUAUAUGUGCACAUAUGUGACUGAUUCCACCCAGCUGGAUAACAUAAACCAUAAUUAUGAUAGCCAGAACAUACUGUGCAGACUGUAUCCUGCUGCUGUACUGUUUAUCUUUUUACUAAUGGACAAAAAGCAGCGACAGUGAAGGUUAUAUGAGCUGAAGCACGGUCCGAGCUGAAUGCAUGCGGUGGAUAAUGAGGGGACGUCCUCUAAGCAUGCAUAUUAGAGCAGGUUGAGACUGUUUCUGCAGGAAAAAAAAAAUAGUGUUUGGACAACCUUUUGUAUGAAGAGCUCUGGGUGCUGUGCAGGUGUGGUUGAGUGUAAUUACAGUAUAUGUGUUUGCUUGUAAUUAAGUCAGGCCCGCAGAGGCAGCACCCGAGCUUGUCUAGGCUACAUGUGCGGUGCUCCAAAACACAGGCUCUCAUGAUUUAAUUACUGCAACUACACACACACAUAUACACACACAAACACAGGGAGAACAGUGAACCAACAGAGCAUGUCUCACACUCCCUCGUAUCGCUCUCUGUAUUCCCCUCUCAUUUGUCCCUUCGCCAGCCCUCCCCGCAUUCACUGGCUUGAGAGGUGCAGAAAGAAGGUGGCCACCGUGGCAGGAAAUUAACCUUGUUGUAUGGGGCCAUCUGACCCAUCUGUGGGACAUUACUGCCAGUGUGUUGUUCGUUACAGCCCAGCGAGUGCAGUAACUAUUGCAUCAGCAUCGAUACAGAUCAAGUCUGACAUUGUGGGGGGGUCAGGCUCCCUCAGCCGGGACUGGUGGACUGGUAGCUAUCGCUAGAGGCAGUUAGCAUUGACUUGUACGAGUGUAACUGUGGCGGUGAUUGGCAGGAGCAGAUGCUGCUGUGUCAUUGCCCUUUGGCUCUGGGGAUGGAGGGCUCCAAUUUAAACUCCCAUAUUAGUUUUUCAAACCUUUAUUUUACCAUGAUUAUUUUAUAGAUCAGAUACUGAUCUGCUUUAAACAGGAAGUCCGUGCUGAAACAGCAGGAUCUGGCGGUGGCAGAUGGCCGUUCAUCAGUUUGUCUGGAUGUCUCUCACUGACAUAUAACAAAGAAAAGUAGGACACAUGUCCUCUGUAAAAUGUCCUGGAGUAACCCUCACGACUUAAAGCUGUGCACAUAAAGACGAACUGAUUUACUGUAUAAAAUACUGGUAUAACCUCCAAAUCUACCGUAUUUUUCGGACUAUAAGGUACACUUAAAAUCCUUACAUUUUCUCAAAAAUUGAAAGUGCGCCUUAUAAUCUAGCGCACCUUAUGUGUGAUCACUUGUUGUGCUUACAGACUAGUUUUAUGUGAUACAAUGCACUCAAAAUAAGUACAACUUAAUGUAUAUUCGGAGUAUUACGGUACGCUGUGUCAACCGAAAAAUACCUUAAUGAGUAGCUGGUCUAUGCUACGGUUCGAGGUCUCUAAUAAGAUCUAGUAGUUUGACUGAAAACCAUUUCCUCUUCACCACUUUAAAUGUUAUGUAACAUGAUAAUCUUCUCUGUGCAGCCACAAGAGUGUCCACAAACGGCAUAUCUGUGCACUGAUAGAUUCAGACAAUAGGAGCUAGGGAUGAGCGAUAAACUGAAGAUUUACCGAUACAGAAAUUUCCGACAAUAACCUACGUCCUUUUGCCCAUACCGUCUUCCCCGGUGCUGUGGUGUUAACACUCCAGGUCAUGUCCUCCUUCAGUUUGCUCAAGAACUGGAACUCAAAGACCCUCUUCUGCAAGUAAACUGGUGUCUGGUCAGGCUUGAGAAGAUGUGCACUUCUAAAUGACUGCUGAAUGGUAGUCAUUCAGGCUGGAGAACCUCUUACAAGGUAAAAUGGUAGAAGAACUUCUCUGAGUCCUGCAGCCUUCCUGGGCUCCACCGCUCUCAGAGUGAACCUCACCUGAUGCUCCUUCACCAUCAGGAUGUAGAUGCUUGCAGAAGCUCCAACUCAAGAUGUGGUGAAGCUCCUCUGCCAGCCAAACAUCCCCUGAUGGAUUUGUAGCUGCUUAAGCUCUGUGUUUAUGCAAGAAUAGAGCAGAUUUGAGAGUCUAGCUGCAGCUAACAUUAACUCAGCAUAUUUCAAGGUACUCUGCUCGUUUUCAUCGUUGCAAAAGAAAAGGUCUUGCCAAAGUUUUUAGGCAGAUGCAUCUAAAAAAGAAGUCUUCAAUUGUUCUUGUUUUGUUUCUGUCACGUAUGUAUGCACCAAACAAAGCCAAAAAAGUGAGAGCUGUUUGGAGUCAAACUUAUAUUAUUAUAAUAAAAUGAAGUCUCCCUCUGUGAUCGCUGAAGUUCAGGUUUUGUAAGAAAAAGAAGAAAAUGUACCUGAACAUCUCUAUAGAUAAUCCUCGGGAUAUGUUUUCACGAUCCGCCAUCUUUACACAAUAGUCGAGUAAGACGGCUUUGUGUCUCAAAGGUGAAGGACAAGAAUCGUUUCAAGCAGAUUCAUAAAACCAACAAACAUAAAGCCUCGGCGAGACUGAAAGCUGCAGAAACUAAAGUUUGGAGAAAAAAGAAGAAGGCAGUAGUUCAUGUAGUUCGGCCUCACAAAAGAAAGACGUGCCUUUCUUCUCAGACAUACUUACUUGUCAGCCCUCCCUCUCUCUCUCGUGUCUCUCCUUCUUUCUGAGCAGCACUUAAACACAAGCACCAACAGGCAGGAGAUAAUGCAAGGACACACACUCACCCGGCAGUGAUGUACUCUCACGUGUUCGGCUUCAUCCUGUGUGUGUGUGUGUGUGGGCUCGAAUACAAAAGGCUUGUCCUUCUUAUCUUUGCCUGUUGUCUUUUUGCCUCUCCGUGUGUGUGUGUGUGUGUGUGUGUUUGUGUGUGUGUGUGUGUGUGUGUGUGUGUGUGUGUGUGUGUGUGUGUGUGUGUGUGUGUGUGUGUGUCUGCAGAAGAGAGUAGAAGAGAAUUCUCCGACGAUCAAAUGUGAAGAAACGCUCGUGGGUUUUUGUUUCUGAAGAAGAAAUGUUUCUAACCGGCCUGUCUCUCAUCUCAGCACGCCACCAAUAGGCAUUCUCCACAUCCACGCCGCUCUGCAAUUAGCCGAGAACGGCGGCGCAAACACAGAUAAACAAAGAAGAAACAAUUCACACCUUGCCCCUCGCGAAGCCCUCAGACGAAGUCAAACGAUAUUAUCAUCCCCUCGAUAGAUUCGGGGCAGGUGAGGGCCCGCUCUGCCAAACGGCCCCUCUUACGCCCUUGAAACACAUCAAACAAAAGCAGAUGCAGGAGCUUGUUUGUUCAAACACUUAUUAAAAGCCCAUAUAGGCCGUUUAUGUGGGUGUUGAUUCUGGGACCGGAGCUAAACGCGGUGGUGGGUGCUUCAUCCUUGUCCACACAGCGCUCUGGCAGCGCGGGCCCGGGGCCGCUGCCCACAGUUUCAUGUUAGAGCCAGAGGAAGAGACUGCAGCCACCGUCACCACCACCACCGCCACCGCCGCUAUUAUCACCACCAGGGCUAAAGAGCUCCGUCUUCCAGCAAACGCACUCUUCCAUGCGAAUCUGGCAGCAGAGUUAAAGAGAUGGCUCCAGGAAUUAGAGAAAAAAAACAAGAUGAAUUAUUGUCUCUGUCUUUCUAACCGUUCCUCCUCGUCUUCUUCAUCUUCUUCUGUUGGAGCUGAUUUUUCUUCGAGAAAAUAUUUAUGCUAAAUGAAAGCUGACUGGCACGGUCUCUGAAGUGUGAUGCUUUUGAAUGUUAUUCUUAGCCUCAGCAGAUCAAUAUCACCUCUCUCUCUCUCUCUCUCUCUCUCUCUCGGUCCGUCUGCUGGAACUUUGUUGUAAUGAUUUUUUUUUUUUAAACCUCGAUAACUCUCAGGAGUUGUCUGAUGAAACCUGCAGAUUCUGGGUCUCCUGGUGGGUUUUCUCAUCUAAAAGUUGUCAGGCAGAAUAAUGCUCCCUCCCCGUGUCUCAUAUCCUUGUAUCUCAUAUCUCGCACUUUUAAUCUCUUAAUGAUAAUUGAAGUGAAUUGUUCGAUUCACAGCAGUCGCUCAUGUUGAUGAAAGUUGACUGAUAUGCAGGAGGGACUCUUGGUUGGCAUCUUUAAAUAAUAGGAGUCUCUUCUUCUUAGGUUUGUUAACUCAGUCAGUACUAUUGACAGAUUUUGAUGUUUAUUUCCGUUUUUUUUUUGUUCUCCACCAGAGGGCGCUCCUCCCCAAACAUGCGACUAAGUUCUGGGUCAUUCUGAAUGCAGAAAAGUUGACAAAUACGUCACAACCAUGUUACAAUAAUAAAAACAAGUACUCGCCAAAGAGAGGUGUGCCAUUAAGUGGCCCAGUUAGCUGAGUUUCGGAGUGUUAGGGUUAGCCAAGAGCAAACGGUCUCAGCGCAUUGGCUCCUGUUGGCGCGGUGCUACCGUCUCUGGUCACGUGACAUGGAAGCUAUUGAAGGAAAACAGCCUUUUUUGAGAACAUCAACCGGUAAUUUAUUGACGGUCCCUUAUGCAACACCGGACGUUGACAGUGAGGGUGCUGAGUAGAUUUAACCGCGCUGCUGUCACGAUUGACGAUUGUGGAGAGAGAGAAGACACUGUGGAAUAACCAACCUAAAACUGACUUUGCCGUGGUAUUUACAUGAAAAAACAUUUGUUGCCUCAGCUAAUUUUUCUCAUGUGCACAUGUGACCCUAAAUACAUUUUACAGUUCACACACAUCUAUUUUUGGUCGCAAAUGCAAGUGAAACGGUCACACUGUCAUGCCCUGACUGGUGAGCGAGACUGAGCCGGAAUUCAGCAACAGUCCCCAUAAAGAGGAUGUAAGCAGUCCGCGUCACGGCGUCAGGUUCUCAAUCACAAUCGGAUCUCGAGAGUGAUAAGGAGUGGUGUCCGAGGAGGGAAGACCUUGAUGCCGUCGGUAAAGUAGUUUGAAGUGAAAUGAAAUAGAUGAUCAGAAAUCUGCUUGAAAGUCUCUCCUUCGUAAAAAUGUGUUUUCCCAGAUCGGCAAAGAUGAUAUGACCACGCUGCAUUGAGCAGGCAAUAACUAAACACAGUAGUGGGUUAGAGACCAACUUUUUCUGGUAAAAGAAGAGAAUCACCUCUUUCUUUUGAGAUACUGCGCUUAAUUCUAGUCCAAGGACAAGAUAUUCUGUGGGUCCUGAAAGAUACAGAGAUUUCUGUUGCGGUCAAUGGUGGCACUGGGUGAAAAUUGCAUAAAUGAACCUGGCACUGAAUGAGUUAAUCCAGACUGUUUAAUUUUAACUCUGAUGUGAAGUUGGAAAUUUUAAUAUGAGGCCUAAUGGGGAUUGACUCACCACUGCAGCCAGCCUCAAGUGGCCACAGUGGGUACUGCAGUGACUCUUCAGCAAUUUUCCAUCCACUCUCCGCUUCUGCAGGGUUGCAUCACAGCAGCUGUCAGAGUGCAUUUUUUCCUCCUGGUCAAACACGCUCUGCUGGCUCUCUAUUUACAGGCGAGCCGGUCAACAGGAGUCAGAGAGGUGAAUCAGAGGUUGACCGGUGCCCCGCUUCACUGGAAAGAACGAGGUUUACAAGGUCUCUGUCAAUAGCCGUGACAAGCUACAAGCGACAUUUCUGCACUCAUGACUGCUCUGGGCAGGCCUGUAUACUGGAGCUCGAUUCGAUGGUCAGGGCAUAACUCUAACAACCCCCACUGGGCCUACGCAGGAGGGUCCGGUCUGUCAUAAAACACCUGUGUAAAAACAUCAGGUACGAGAGAAAAAAGGCUUCAUGUAUGACAGCCUGAAACCUCUCUAAAACAAACAAACGAGCAGUCUGCAGAAAUGAUAAAAGCACGAAUCAAAUAGGAUUUUAGUCAUCUUAGCAGAAGCCCACACAACACAAUUCAUCACUGUCACAUAGUGGGAGAAAAAAGCAGUAAGCUUUUCUCUGCGAACGUGCCCAUCCCUGUCGUUAGUGUUCUCGCUUUCAAGAUUGAUGAGGGAAAAUUUAAUUUAAAAGAAUCAAUAUGUACCUUAGAGCUGAAACUAUCAGUCAAAUAGUCCAUAAGGGAAUCAACAAGGGGAAAAUUUGAAAAAUAAUUUGAUUGUUAAUUAAUCUUAAAGCUCCAAUGAGGAGUUUUUAACUGUCAGAAAUCAUAUUGAUGCCUCUUUAUCACCUAUAAAAGAAAACAAGGCCAUUACUUUAAAGAAGAGAGACUUUUUCUAAGAAGUAAUGUGUCAAAUCACUGAGGAGAGGAGCGCUCAGGGUUAUUUACCGCCUCAGAACCUCAUUUACUCUGAAUCUGACUGUUAAAAAAACAGGAUCAACAUUUUUGUCAAGAAACAUUAGCUGCAAAGGGAUAGGACCAAAGACUGUAUAUGAGGGCUGGGCGAUAAACCGAGAAUUUACCUAUCUUGAAAUUUACAACAAUAACCCACGUCAUUUUGCCCAUAUCGGUGUAUUCGGAGUCAAAAAAGUGGCUUCAGUGGCUGAAGUAGACAAAGUUAAUUUGGGAGGGGGUGAGCAGCUUGUGGAGUAGUUAUCGUCCAUUUAUCGUUAUUGAGGUGAACUGAUCAAUAUAUCGUGAUAUUGAUUUGAGGACAUAUCGCCCAGCCCUAGUAUAUACUAUGGACAACUUGGCACCGGCUUCUGCCAUCAUUGUACAAAUUUGUGGCUGGAGGAGGCGGGAUUCAUGACCUAUACUGCGGUCCGUCACCAGAUGGGGCUGGAGGAGGCAGAUGGCGUCCAUUCUAUAUACAGUCUAUGUAUAGGACAAAAUCAGCACAAGAGCACUGUGUCCACAGGGGGGCGCCAACACUGACAUAAACUAUACAGGAAUGUUAAAGUCAUUUUAAAGCCCAAUUAAAUAACAGUACUGGAUUAUGAGACUUCUUACUGGUGGUCUGGUUUGAACUUUUUGACCUUCCACCGAAGUUACUGUAAACAUCAAACUUUCUGAUACAGCUAAAAUAGGGUGACAAUAUUCUGAAUCCCCAAAAAGGGGACAUGACUACAUGAGGGCGGAGCCACAGAGUUGCACGUAGAAAAUUUUAAGAUUUUGUCAGGUCGGAUUGAGUGUCUUUUAUGCGCUUCCAACUCAGAAAGUCGACACGACACAAACUCAAAACUUCCAUACAACAUUUCAUAAACUCCCCCGGACAAGGCUGGACAGCCCCCCAAAAAGAGGACAUGUACGGGUAAAAGAGGACGUACGGUCACCCUCACUAAAAACUCCUCACAUGGGCUUUAAAUUUGCAAAAUGUCAAACCAAGAAGUCUUUGUCCGUUUUGCUUUUAUUUUUGGUUUAAAGAAAAAUUCAAUUGUAAAAAAAAGUCCACUACAACCCCAGAGUAGCUACGACCUUAGUAUUAAAAACACCGUUAAAUAGGUACUUCUCCCUCUCUUACUCCUUUUAAACUGAAAAUUGCAGCCUUUCUAGAUGUAGAAUUGACUGACAUUGAAAUAGAGUAGAGUAUAAUAAAGCUGCCACUGAGUAUAUAACUGAAUCAAAUGGUCUGAUGUUGGACUGAGGUCCUUUUUUCAUCUCAUGGCCUCGGACUCUUCUGUGCCUGCAAUAAAAACAAGUUUGCACAGAUAACCGCCCCCCUCUUCAUCUGAAAGCAGGCUUACAUGAUUCACUAAUAUUGUCUGACAACAGCCUUGCAGUUUGUCCCAACUCAGCCUCCAGCUCCGUCUCUCCAGCUGUGGUUUCUGCCUGAUCAAUGUGUGUUCUUAGCGACUCCAUCUCUCUCUAAUUAAGAUAUUUCCCUGUGUCCUCCUGGUGGAUUUCACACAAAGGUCACUCUGACUCUGCUCCCAUCCGGGCUCAGGGGCGUCUCAAAGCACAAAGGGAUAGCUUGUCACGACAACAAGGAUCCCGGCCCAGUGUCCCCUCUUUUACAUAAAAUGUCAGGGACUGAUGACAUCGGGGGUUUGGAGAUUUGGAGAUUUUGGCGUCUGCCACGCUCAACCAGCUCCAGCUCCAUCAGACUCACUUACUGGCCUAAUCACCUCAUGUUUCAUCAGAGCUCUCCGACAGGACAAAUGAUCGCUAUAAAACACAGGGAAACAAAUUAACCACCGGUGUCAAGAUUUUAAUGGUUCCAAUUAGUCAACACUUUGGGGAAUGUGCAUUAUUAAGAGGGAUAACAUCCGGCGUCCAAUCGCUGGAUUCCACCAAGUCAAAACAAACUUGUCAGACACUUUUACACUUGUCCUAAAGGUUUACCUUCACUGUUACUGCUGAUUAUUAAGUACAUGGUGCAUUAUAUGAGUGUAGGGUAUUCAGUCAGAUGACACCGCACAAUAAAAAUACAGGAAUUCAUCUCCACACGCCAAUAAACCCAUAGAGGUCUAUCCUGUUUACAAGCCGCUAAAUACCCUAACAAAUAUUUAUUUAUGCAGACAUAUCUCCUUCUUCUUAAUUCUCCCCUCUCAUCUUCUGCCCAUUUGUAAACAAACUUUUAGAAAUCCAGCCAACUGGAUACCAACUAUCCUCCGUUUUAACUUUUUUCAGUUUCCUCAAACUUCCUUCCAGAUACAAGCCCUGAGAUUUGAACGCACGUCUUCCAGCAGCUUCUGUCUGAUUUGUUCCCAGAUUACAUCCUUUUUGGAACGUCAUUCUUUUGGCACCAUCUCUGUUUUCUGCAGUGGUCUGAUUCCAGGCGGGGAACCAAUCGGACUCCCUUGAGCGGGUUCCCAAAGGGUUAGUGAAGCCAGCCAGACAGACAGAACUGUUCCUGCACUGUUAUUGUAAAGACAGACGCAAUAUUUUGUUUUCGUUUUAAAGUAUCGACUUCUUUCAACUGCGAGCGUAACAACAGUCAGCGUUUGAACUGGAGUUUAAAGACCCCCUACUAUUUCUGAAAGGCCACAAUUUCUUCAUGUAAGAACUGUUUGAUGUACAAACCAGUGUACUUGAAAUACUUCUUUUUACUGAUAUGUCAGGACUCACAAGAGUUCAGAAACACCAGCAUAAAAAUAAAAAUUUAACACCACAAUAUGUGAUACGAUAUGAUCUGUACAGUACAUACGAGAGGCUGAGGCUAAGAAUAACAGUCAGGGAUUUAAGAUAGGAUAAAAUAUCAUGUCUAACUGUAUGUAAAGAAACAGUAUGGUGCACGUUUGGGAAUGUAACCUGGACUUCAGAGCUGCUAAACAGACUCAAAACCAAACAAACACCCAAUGCAAACAAAGAAACACAAAGAGAACCACAAAAAAACACAAACUGCAAAACAUAAAUAAGAGAAAAGAAGAACGUUGUGAUGCAACUGUGAGAAAUACAGUUUAAAGUGAGGACUGAGGUGGGCAGGAAGGAGCUUUUAAAGUGUCUUUGUUUGUACUGGAAGAUCUGCUUCGUUUGUCUGAUGCUAAAGAAGUUGGAUUGUGCUUCUUCAUACUUUGAAAACAAAUGAGUUAAAAUGGUUUAUGUAUGUUGAAGUCAUCCCCAGAUGGGACUAAAGCCAGAUCAGGAUGAGGUUUGCUCAGACUGCAAAAAAAGUGCAAAUUUUUUCACAUGGCAACAGUGGAGGAGGCUACUAGAAUGCUUGGGUGGACUUAAAGCGAUAGCGGCUUAAGACAGAUGCCGAAUGAGGGUUUUCAAAGACAGCAGAAAUAUGUUGAGAGUUUGUUGAAGAGUAAAUAAUGUCAGGAAACUUUCAGAGGGACGAUAUAGAGAUAAAAAAAAUGAGUUCAUACUGAGAGUGGAGGAUCGGGGGGGUCAGGAUACACUCUCUGCACAAAGUGCUCAUCUACUGACCGGAGGCAGAGGUUUAAAGUCCUCCUCGUGCAAAAUUAGAUUUAACCCAGGAACCACAAAUAUCGAAAUAUUUUACUGUUUAGGAGCAGAAACACUGACAUUGUAAUAGAAAAAAAUCCCUCUUUAAAUAACUGAAAAAAAGAGAGGCUUAUCAAAGUGAUUGAGGUUUAUCCUCUGGGGAUCAUGAGUACUGAUGUAAAAUUCCACGACAGUCCAAGAUUGAUUCAUUUUGUUUAGAAGUGAAUUUAAAUACAACAAAAAAAUAAAAGACUAAAUUAAUUACAAUAACAAUCUUAAGAUUCGACUGAAGUGAGGAAAGUAAUAAUAUAUUUUACAGAAGAGGCAAACAGAAAGGUGCAUGCCAUUAAUAGAGUCUAUAAAUUAAACAGGGUUCCUACACAGUUACACAUACUUUUCCAUACCCUACUUUUUUGAAGUAUUUUUGGAAAUACCGACCUUUCUAGUUUAGAAAACAGUAUGUUUUUUAACAAGUAGUAAUAGUCUCAAAACCUCAAUAUUUUUCCAUACUUUAUUUUUCAUUUAUCAUACUUUUUAAGACCUGGGAAUUGAUCAAAUUACUUCCAUAUAUUUCCAUACUUGCGUAGGAACCCUGAUUAAAGUUUUUAAAGAACCACUCAGGUGAUGAUGCCUCCAUGACCUCUGGUGAAACAUUUACAAAAAUUCUGCCAUCAAAAAUAAAUAAAUAAAGCGUGUUUGCAGCAUUUAUCACCCACCACAGGUCUUAAAUUUGUUCCCCUGGAUCUGGUGCAAACGAACCAAAGCAGAGACACUCUUAAAGCUCUAACUGCUCUCCCAUCCUGUCUCUCCGAACUCUGAAUGCACCACGGCUCACUGAGCUCUACGCUGCAUGCAAGAGGGGUCAGAUGAGGACCCUUCCUUCCCCCCUGCCUCUGCAUGACACUCCCUCUUCUUGUUUUUGAAGAAGACGCUUCCUGUGGGGUCUUAAGAGGGUGAGGCGCUGCUUUACAUCCUAAACAGACCUAAAUUCACCACCCCUCCCUUUACUAAACUCCUUGGCAAGAGCAUUUGAGUGUCUGUGCAUGUGGGGGGAUGUACAGUUUUUGCUGUCGGAGUGCACGAGUGUGAAGAUCUUUUUCUGUGCAUCAUGUAAGCGUGCAAGCGGCAGAGACGGUACAUCAGAUUUAAGCACAACCAGGGACAGAUAGACGCAGAAGAGGAGGCUUAAAAGCACCGCAGACGCCACUGCUGCUGCUGAAGGUGUUCGUCUGUGUGUGGAUGAUAGAACGCUUGUGUCGCUCAUCGUCUUUCUGCUCACGGCCGCGGUUAAUUAUUCACCGGGGUUGUGCUGCAGAGAUGAACUGAGGGGCUCUGGGAUAAAGGCACUGGAGGAGGAAGAUGAAAUUAUAAAAUCCUAAUGACGGAACUCUGGCUGAAUGGUAAUUUCUUAAAUUGAUUUUGAAGAGGUGCCCAGACGUAGGCGGCAUGGAGAGACGUCGAGAUGGGGCAUGGAGAGGUUCCCUCCUUCCCUCUCUUUCUCUCUGGACGUGUUCCAGCCCUUUUCACCUCUGGCCUGAUCCCCUCCGUUUUAUCCCUUCUUAAGUUUCCCCACCACACAUCUGUCCUUUUGUUUCAAUCCCUUCUACUUAACCUCAACUUCACACCUUUGAAUCUUCAUUUACCUCUGCAGUGUGAUUAUCUUAUUAAUGAUUAACUCAUUUUCCUCCGCAAUCGUGUAUAGAAAGGGUCUUAAAGGUGACCGGCAAAUUGGUUCAUUUGAACAGAGGAUAUAAUGUGAAGCAGCUUCAUAAAACGAGAAGAAAAGAUUCAGUAAAUUCAACAAUUUAAAUGUAUGACGGAUUAAAUCCAAGGACAAACAUGUGCAGAUGGAGAAAAUGUGAUUGCCUUACAAUAUGCAUGCAGUAUUUAAACAUAUACUGCAUAUGCAAAAACAGCUGCAGAGCUGUGAUAAACUACAGGAACCAUUAAGUCCUGAAAUGUAUAAGUACUAGUUUGUCAUUGUGACGAAGACGCUUGUUUUACACACGAACUGUCGUCUUAUGUUUGUUUCUGAAGUGAAGUUUUAUUGUUAGGAGACUCUGUUCUGGAAACACUGACUCAGUUUUAGUUUAAGUCAACCUAGAAACAGCCACAGGGUUCCCACCUGUCAGUCAAAGCAGCUGCACCUUUAAUAAGACAAAAUUCAUGAUUAUAAAAACUUAAAAUUAACAAGUUCUAGAUAAAAUCCACUCCCACACAGACAGAGAAAAGCGCUGUUCAGACUAAAAUCAUUAUUUUUGGACCAGGCUGUAAACAUGCAAAUCUUUGCUUUUUUGAAUGGGUGUGUAUGUGGUUUCCAGAGCUAUUAAGACCAGCCCCCGGUGGACACUUAAGGAACUGCAGGUAGUUGCAUAAACACAGGGCAGGAAUAUGAUCUUCUCAGUCUGUAUUUGAGUUUUUAGCCUUACAAAAGUACUGCAACAUAUGAAGCAGGAAUAUGACGAGUUAUUCAAGGAUACAAGGAUGUAAGUAAAAGUAAAAACAACCAGUAUGGAUGACAAUGAAACUGAAAUUUAGUUUGUUGGUAGUCAUCCCAGUGUGAUCUACAUCUAUUGAAACCUUUCCCUCAAUACUUCCUAUAUCUCUCCCCCAAUUUAAGCAGGAUUUAAGCAUUAUUAUGCGCCUGGUAGUAACUCGUCAUUCUUGUUAAAUGCCGCCAAUUUCAGCGCUGCAGGGACACAUCCCUCCCUCGAUGCCUGAAUUAUUUAAAAGAAAUACAAAACUAUCUGUUUAAAUAUGGGUGGAUCGCCUCCAUCUACAUCCACAGCAAAAAAAAAGUGAAGCCGCUGUUGCACAGAGGUGUUCGAGAUUAGCAAAGCACGGCCAAUUCCCACGGCAAAUAAAACUACUUAAAGAUCAGAAAUUAAGACAAGUCAUAUCUCAACAUCAGCUUCAGUUGGUUUAACUCUUACUGCCUCACUUUGAAAAAAUCGUCCAUUUCUAGGUGGUGUCUGCAGUGGAAAAAAAAUACACAAUAUUUGUAUGGUGUGAUAUAACAGCAUAUCUGAGGUGAUACAUGCUCUGAGCUUGGUUACACUUGUGAAUUCACAUGUUGCAUUAAACAUGUCCAUGUCUCUCUGAAAGCCGCUGUGCAUCCCUGCAUACCAACGCUCUCCGAUUCCUCUUUUCCCCCCGUAUACAUGUCACGUUUUAUAAUUUUAUUGAGCACAGCGCUCGCCUCGAGGGUUGCAACGUCAUUCAACCGUCAAUCGAAUCAACGUUGAAAGGAGAUGUCAAUGCAAAGUAUUCUCCUCGGGUUCAAAAGCGGUUGUUGUGUUACCGUUAAACAAAGCACUUAACCUUCAACUGGAGUCGCUCUGUCGAUCUGUAUGGACGGAUCAGAGGACGCUGAAUUAAACCUUUCAUACUUCACCUUUACAUCAUAUCCCAUUCACACUCCGGUCUGCAAUCAGAGGCAUAAAAACACACAUUUCUCUUUGAUCCUCCCUCUCUGUCGGCGCCCUUUAUCUCAUCUACUUCUCCUCCCGGUCUAUCCUCUGCGGCGAGCGCGCCAUCACGGCCUGACCUGUUACCCCGUUAUCCAGAGGAGAGUGAAAGGCUCAGUGAUUGACAGAGAUAAGACCUCUAAUUAGAAGCAGUGAUUGGGGGCUCUAGAGGGGGCUUAGCUUCCUGGCAGGCAGAAACAGAGACGUAUCCAGAGCGCCCGACCCCUCCGCAUUUAGACACACAUCUGCUAUCGGCAAUCAGCUCAGUGUCCCUAAAACUGGGGGGAGAAGUUCGUGCAGCAUGUCGCCCGUCAAUGUCAUUCACUGUCCCGAUGAAACUGCUCGAUACGAAGAGUGCCGCGCUUGCAAAGUGUGGAAACAAAAGGGCGAGAUUUGUCUGGUCAUGUGCAGACACACACACAAACACACAGCUAACCCUGCUUUAUAUUCAUUAGGAGUCUCAAGAUGGUGCACACACAUGUUCUGAAAAUAGUGCCAAAAUAAAUCCAAACUAAAUGAGUUUAAUCGCGGACAUAAACAAGAGAAGAUAAACUCAAAUUUACCGUAUACGCUCACAUCGGACGUACCAUUAGCGUGCAAAAGCCUGACUCAGUGCUCUUACCGCUGGCGCUGGAUUUACAGUGUGGAAGUGCGAUCGGGCUGCAGAGAUUUUAUAGUCGAGGCGAAAUGUCACAUCAUCUCAGCGCUAAGUUUUAUGACUCUAAUCUGGCCGGCUGACACAGACACAGCACGCACUAGCAUGUUGAAAAUGGAAUAAUAGUACAUUAUGACACACAAGAGCAUUCAUCAGCGAGGUCUUUGCAGCUGGAGUCGGUUGUCGGAUCGGGCCAAUUUAUGAGCAGAUACGUCGGCAGACUAAUUCCAAAUAUGAGGGCGUCGUCAUUUGAAUAAUCUACACCGGGGGAGCAGAGGGCUAAGGGAUAUUUAACUUGAUGAAUAAGCUGGAGCUGUACAACUUGUGCUAUCUGCUAAGGUCUUAAAUCUCGACUGUAUCCCGAGGUAAAGGGGUGAGACUGUGGAUGGGGAGGAGUUCACGUUGGUGCGAAGAGAGAUGGGAGAAAAGGUCAGACAGUUAGAGUGAAGAAUAAGUAAACGCGCAGACUCCGACUAAAGAGAUUUCUCCACAGACGCGUCCACUAAAAAGACAAAUUAGUCCAGGAACAGGCAUAAUCCAUGUCUGUGAAACUGGCCACCAGUGUUUUCUCUCCGGGGAGCCGGGUCUUCAUUACAGCCCCGUUCUUCAAUAUCACACCCUGCCAGGAAACCGGUCGCCUCAGCAACAGUAAGAGGAAUUUGCUCUGUUAAAAAUAUCUUCUGCUCGUUCAGCCUCUUCUGUACAUCACUGUUCGAAACCAUUAUGAAACUAGAAUUACCAUCCGAGUCUACUGUGCACCAAGUCUGCGUCCAUGUCUGUCCAAACUUUUGGAUGUAUACGUAGUCGAGACUUCAGAGGAUGUGGAGUGUAUUUUUGGGCAAAAUGAAAUUUAUAACUAGACUGCCAAGUGCAAUCCGGGGGGAUAUCCGCCGUCCUCGCUCAGAGACUUUCUCCAAGCCGGCGUCGCCAAUUAAUUGGAGCUAUUUGUCAUGCAAGUCUAGUGUCUGAGGACAGAAGAAGUUGUUUUCUGUACACAGUCUGACAAUUUGUGACAAAUUUUUGAUUUAUGAUGCAGGAGUAUGUAAAUAAAACACAGAUGACUGCCUCUGAUGUUCCUUUUUCAGAAGUGUUGGUGUGUGAGAGAACUCCUUCAAAACAAACAAAAGCAGAAAUGAAAAUCCCUCUAAGUGUCGACAAGCUCGACUAAUGAGAUAAUUCUGGAAGUCUUCGAAACCGAAGACGAGACGGUUAAGAGGGCUGAACAAGUGAACAAAGCCGCACUUUCCAAAGUAGGUGACAAACACACACACAGGCGUGAUCUUAAACACACAAUUAACACAGUUUCAAGAUGGCACAACAGAUUUUAGUAAGAUGUCGAAAUAUGGCAGAGGAUUAAAUCAUCAUGGUGGUUUUUUCUAACCGAGCAUUUCACAAUUAGCGUCUAAUUUCUGGGGGAAAAAAGACGGAUGACACGACAGCAUCAACAAAGUGAAGCCAACACCAUAUGGGCUCCUAGUAAGGCUGGACAAUUACCGUAUUUUUCGGACAAUAAGGUGCACUUUAAUUCCUUAAAUUUUCUCAAAAAUUGACACUGCGCCUUUUGUAUGAUUACUUUUGCUUACUAAACGAUUUAAUGUGGUACAAUGCGCUAAAAGAUCUGUCGAAUGUGUAAGUACCACUUCACAAAAGCUGGAAUUAUUAACGAACAGCCAAUUACCGGUAACAGCAAUGAGAUUGACUCGGAUAACGACAAGAGGGAUCGGGACACGCACAGCUGUUUACCUCCGACACUGAAGAUGAAGAAUUCCAUGGAUUUGUGGAAGAGGAAUGAAUCAAUAAGUGAGCGAAUUUUUCUGUACCAGUAUUUGUUUGUUACAAUCGUGUUAAUAAAGUUUGAUUUACCGGGCUGUGUUGUUUUGCUAAAUGUGCCUUAUGGCACGAAAAAUACGGUAUGGCAAAAAUUAUUCAUUCAAAACUUGAGUAGGGGCGGGGUUUAAUCAGCUGUGUGAUCGCCAACGAUAACGUGCUAAUGCUAUUACUUGGCGCACGCAUCCUGCACCGUGCAGCACGCAUAUACUAAUACAUAUUAGUCCAAGUUAGAGCAACUUAAAUUUUUAAAAACUGCAUGUAGGGGAAACCCUGAAGUUGGUCGUGUUGCCUUGAGGAGCAGACACGACAGCGUGACGAACUUUGCAAACUAUUUCCUUUUGCUCGACUUCCGUCAAAUUGAAGCCAAAAUGUUUCUGAAGUUGUCCUGCCUUUCCUCUCAACCAAAAACAGCCUUUCUGCCAUGUUAACAAGGGUGCAUUCAAGGUGUUUUUACAGCACAGGAUCUGACAUACGCAGCACCGUGUGGCGCAUUAAUCGUCUUUCUUCGGUUAAAAUGUUUUUCUGAUCGUAAGAAGCCAAAAUCGAAAUCAUGAUGAACUUCGAUUAAUCGUCCAGCUCUAGCUCCCAUCAGUAAAGGUCAUGAAGCCUGCCUCCUUUAAUGGAGGAGGAGGACACAGAGAGAAGCUGGAGAUGUCUUCUCCACUUUUUCUCUGUUUUUUUUUUUGUGAACAUUUAUAACAGUGACCUUUAGCAGCCAGUCAUUUCCAGCCAGCCUCAGCGGUUGUUUGUGAAGCCCCCUUCAGGCGUAUCUGAGGUAAUGCAUUCAUAGAAAGUGAACAGAUGGGGGGCAGAUAAUAAAAAAGUAAAAUUUUUACACAUAAUGAGGUUAAUUUCUGAUUCUCAGCACUUGUUCUUCCUCUCCGGCUGAGUAAAUAUUAUCAGUGUGUGCUUAGCCUUGAAUGAAUGACCUUGAGGAAGGUGUACGCUGUGACUGCUCAGCAUAAUGGGGAGCAGAGGAAGGAGAUGAUAGUUAUCCCUGUGUGAGGAGAGGAGGGCAGAGCCGUCCCCCCUCAGUGCGGGUCAAACAGGCUCGGUGAAAUUAAGAGGAAAUAAGGACAGCAGCAGCGGCGGCAGCGGCAGAGACGAGGAGGCAGAGAGCGAGACAGGAGAAUGAGAAAGCGGGGGAGAUGAAGGGGAGGAAUCUGUGAGCUCAGUCAAGGAGAGAAAUAGGAGAAUUGGAGCAUUCCCCCCUCGUGGAUACUCAGCAUUUAUGUCCAGACAGAGAGACAGAAAACAUACAGUUUGUGCUUCCUUUGUGUUUGUCACUCCCACUGAUGUUUGUUACUCUCUGCAGCUUUAGAGUUAGGCUGCUCUCUUUCGCAUUUUAGACAAAAUCCUUCUUUAGCAGCUUCUCAGCUCUGCCCUGAUACAUGAGUCAUCCCAGUCCAGGGAGAGCUAAAUAAAAACACCAACACACACCCAGACAGCCCAUCUGGAAACAUACAACAGAUCCUGUUAACUAGCUCCACCAAACUUUUAUCUAGCAGAGUUAUUAUCGUAGAUGAGCAGAAUCCUGCAAAAACAAACUUUGUUCAAACUUGACAAAAAAAUCUCUGUACGCUCUGCUCUGGACUAUAGUUGCAGUUUAAUUAAGUAUCUUUUGGAAAGAGUCUAUAUGGAGAGCAAAAACAGGCAGUAAUCUAAUGAAUAAUUUAUUUCCGUUACCAGAUAUCUGCAUUCAUCUGCUAAUAAUCGGGUUUAGAAAAUACUCGAUUCACAACAUUUAAGCAGUAAAUAAAACUGAACUUAAGUUAAUCAUGACAGUCUGUCUGUAGACCUCCACUGAGCAGACUGGAAGUUGAUUUUAAAGUCUGUUGUAAGUGAGCUUAAUGAUAGCCAGCUGGCCACCAGGGGGAGCACCAUUCUAUUUAAGGGCUGGGAGAAACUUUGUUGCUUUACUGAUGUACCUGUUGUACUUCCCUGUAUGAUGCCUGCUCAUCACACUCGGAUAAAGUUUGUUCUGAUUUGCAAAGUUUGUGCGGUUUCCCUUCUUCUGUGGAGAAGGUUUUUUGGCGAUGAGGUGAACUGGGUUUGGCUGUGUUGACGUUAGCGUCUCCGUUUCAUUUUGUUAAAGUGCGCUAGUAAGCGAGCUGGGCGGCUGUGUAUGAGCGAGGGGGCCAAUGAUGGUUGGAGGAGACACAGGUCGCAGUGAGGGCAACGCAAAGACGAAAGGCACCAGCGGCUGCAAUGGAAUUGGCGGCGGAGCAGCACGAGGAAAGGCUUGAGGCACCGGGAGUAGCAGCGGAGCGACAUGAGGUUGGAGUUUGGCGAGCUGGGAUGGCUGCAUAUGGAACUGUCGGUGAAUUUGUGGAGGAAAACAAAGACUGGACUGAGUACAAAAUAAAAGCGAAAUAUACCGGGAGGAAGUUUUCUUAAAUAUACCAACAGUACAUUUUUAUUUUUACGUCAGAAGUUGAUUCGUAGCCUUUCAAAAUAAAAGAUAUAUAUGACAGGAAUAGGUUUUCAAUGUCGAAAGUUGACUGAAAGCCUUUCAAAUUAAAAACAAAUAUAUCGGGAGUACGUUUUUAUCUUUAUGUCAGAAGUUGAUUCAAUGCCUUUCAAAAUAAAAGAUAAAUAUGACGGGUGUACGUUUUUUAGUGUCGGAAGUUGACUCGAAGCCUUUCAAAUUAAAGCGAUUAAACCAGGAAGUACAUAUUUUUGGUGUUGUGUGAAUAUAUUUAAUUUCUUGUGUUCAACAAAGACAAAAUAUGAAACGGGAUGACCACGUCAACCAGACUAGAGCAGCGGAGGAUGGUCCUGACAGCGGAGGUCUACAGACAGACCCCUCUAAAUUUAAUGGCACUGAACCCCUUUGGUUAAAAUUGGGGCACAUCUCAGACCUUGUCUCACCACAUAUAACAGGAAUAACACGUGAAAAACAUAUAUUUUUCUUUUCUAUUCCCUUGUAACGUCUUAUGUCACGAUGAUAUAAGUCUCUGUUGACCUUUACUGUGCGAAGACGACCCUCCAUUUCAGCGAGAGAGCAUGAAAGUCCAUACAGAAAGGAGGCCGCGCUGGUACACACAAUAUAAGGUUGUAUAACUUACAUAUAUGUUACAUCAGUGUUCAUUUAACCUACUUGAACCUGGAUCCUUUCAGAGCACCGUGAACCUGAUAUUUAUGCCUCUUUGAACCGCUGCCAUAAGGACCCACUUGAGUCGGUCCCUGCUGUAUGUCAGAGUCAUUAACUAUGAAAGCAUGAGAUGGAUGUGAAGUCUUAAAACUCGGAGACAUGGAGCAGGAAAGUUUGCUGCUAUUUAGAUAUCCAACUCCAGUCUCCAGAACUCGAACCUUUACUUUACAUCUCAUUUUAUUUGUUUGAAUCUAUAACUGUUGGGCUUUUACGAAUAAAGAGGCAAAAAUAACCUGCAAUAGUUGCUCCACACAGAUUUCUAAGCUUAAAGAUGAUUAAGAGAGUGGAAGUUGUUGAAUUAAAACACAUUAAAACAUCCAGCUUCACCUUUUCCAACAUCUAAGCUACCUCAAGAGACCCUUUAGUGCAGAGAUUAAGCUUUAAUUGAUAAGAACUUUGCAUUUCCUAUAAUCUCUUUGUUGUGGAUAAGUAAAUCUGCGAUUAUAUACUCUCUAACUGCUAUUUUUCCCUUCUCGCUCACUCCUCCUCCUCGCUAAGCCUUUCAGUGUUGACCUCAUUAACUCCUAGACAGUGACAGAUCUGCGCAGCAUCACGCAUGUACAGAGAGAAGACAGUUUAAUAAAAGUUUCAGCACUUGCAGUAUGAGAAUCUAAAAUUACCCUCCUGCUGCAUGCGAACCGAACAUCUCUGCGAGCUCUGUGAAGGUCUCAUUAUUAUAAUUGGAGAGCUCUGGCGUGCUCUGAAUUAGGGGGAGCACUUUUGUGAUCCUUUUUACUUUUGCUCUCGUCAAGAAUCAUUUUAAAUCUCCAACUUAUGGGGUUUUGUGAUGAUUUAAAACAUUGCACGAGAAACGGCGAGGAACUGGCGUCUCUUUGAAUCUGCAACUGGGAGGAAGAGUGCAGGCUGGGUAUUUAUGAAUGGUUUCGAACAGCGGGAGAGAGAUGAACAGUUGGAUUUUCCCUGCUCUCAUUUCUAUGCCUCCUCUCCGUCUCUCGGCCCCCACCCUGAGUCAGUGCGCGGCAUCCCGCCGUACGUGACAUUCAGCCUGAGUGUGAAAAUCAGCAGAUGGGUAAUUUUUGUUUGUAUGCUUAGCGCGGUUGUGCGUGUUGCUGCCUGUGUAUGAAAAAGAGAGUGAGAGAGAGAGAGAGGGAGAGAAAGCGAAGGAGCGGGGAAUAAUUCAUGACCGCUGUACCCUAUAAUUAGCAAAAACUAAAUUGCAUGUCAAUGUAGGAGGCAGUUAAAUAGGCCUCAGCGUCUGUCAGAGGACAUUAAAAGCCUCAAAAAGAACUACAGUAGCUGCCGAGAGUGUAUUUCCUCUCACUCCUUCUCAAAUAGGAUUGCUAAAAUAGGAGCCCAUGGCCUGAAUGAUUCUGGGCCCAGUUUGCCGAGACCAAAACCGCCAAUAACUUGCUGAUGAAUUGCUAAUUCUCAAUUACUUUUUGGCUUUUAAUCUGUUAAUAAAAGCGACAGCUCAACCCUAGAGGCAGAAUCACAUUUAGAAACACAGCACUUUCUGAAAAAAGACGGCAAUUUUCUCUUUUUAAUUCUUUAUCCUAUUCACUCUGCUGCCUAUGAAGGUCCAGGCUAGCCCCAGGUCCACGCAUGUGUGUGUGUGUGUCUGUGUGUGUGUGUGUGUGUGUGUGCAGUAUACACCAGAGCAGCACUUCCACAGAUGGAGGCUGCUCUCAUUUGCAAAGGCUGCCAGCGGUUGGCUGAUUGAUCAGAUUGACUUUUUUAGCGGACAACAACCCCCCAGAGCUUCAUCGGAGCCCAUGAAUCAGGACGGGACGGGGUUUUUCUCUCACUGUUCAGAUCCGGUUUAUGAUGCUGUGUUCAAGAUACGACUCCAGAAGCUUUUGAUAUGAUGAAAAAUAUAAAACUUUGAGAACGACGACAACCAAUGAUUCUGCUGCAAAGUGACAUAUUGUGAUUUUAAGUAAAAAGGGGGUUCUCCUUUUGUUUAAUGCAAAAUAAAUAGUAUUUUUGUUAGGGCCGGGACUUUAAUUGUGAUUAAUUAAUUACAGUAAUAUGGUCUUGUUAAAAUUAUAAAUGCAUAUUAAAGUUUCAGGUAUUCCGCUUAUACCGGCGCACCCCAAUGUGAGUGAGUGCAGCAGGUUUUUUUUGCUUGAGCUUAUGUAUUCAUUCAGUUCAUCAUUCAUUGAUUCACUUGUAUACCAUUAAAAAAAUGAUUCUCACUGUUCUCAGGUCAAAUAUUUGUAUGCGAUUAAAAUGCGAUUAAUUGCAAUUAAUUGCGAUUAAUUAAUUACAAAGCCUCUGAUCAAUUAGAUUAAUAUUUUUAAUCAAGUCUUGUUGAUCAUGGCUCACAGGAAAGUGACUUUACAUGUUUAUAUUACAACGUAUUAAAGUCAUUAAACUCUCAACAUAUGUUCAGAGACAUUUAAAGCUCCAGUGAAACAGACUGAAAUAAAACUUGGCGCCUCUGUAUGAAAUCAAGACUGUCGGCACAGAAGCAACUUCUCCUCGACUAUAAUUUUAAAUGAUAAAACAGCUGCUCAAGGGUAGAUGUCAGAUGACUCAAAAAACUUUAAAAAACAAACUUUUAAAAACUUUUUUUUCACAGAGAGUGACUCAGUAUUUCACUGUUAAAAAUAAAAUGAGGGAACACUGGUCGGCCCAGUCAGUUCAUGCGUCUCUCCUGUGUAAAGACGCUGUAGAGGUCAGCGGAUCCACUUCCACCAGGACUCUUUGCUCCAUGUCUUUACAAACUCUAUUGAUAACCGGGUCCAUGAAGUAUUUUGUCUGAUCAGAAAAUCAAUCACGUUUGAGCUGAUCAAGUCUGCUAUCAGGUCUUGAGGGUCACUUUAAGUAACAUCAUACUUUGGGUUUAGUCUCGAGAGAUGAAUGUUACUGACCGCUUGCUUCUCUAUUUAUACCAUUUCGUAACGACCGCACGAUAGCAACACACAUCGGUCUACGCCUCCACGCGCAAACCUCAACCAAAACGCCACUCUAUAGCAACAAAUAAUGCUCAGAAUUAAUCAACAGGACAUAUAGGGUCACAGACAUAGUACUAGACACCAAACAUCUUUUUAACUUUGACUAAUUUCUUUAACAAAGAGACUAAACACAACUCACCUACUCUCCUCCAGCAGCCGCUUGUUUGUAGUGAAGCUCUGACGAGUCGAUCACAGAGUGCGGCGGAGUUUCACAGCUCACCCACAGCCAGACUUCAGAGCGAGUCCUGUUGGUUAAAGUUAUAAUCCAGUGUUAAAAUUAAUGCUGAUAUCAACUGGAGAAAAGCUAAUUAGCCAAAUAAUGGAGGUGACAGACGAUUACAUUGUGAGGCACAUUAGGCAAAAGUAAAUAAUACACUCUCAUGAUGUGUUCAAAUAUACACCAGAAAAUGAACUCGUUAACUUGAAAUCUUGGCUGAAUCUUCGGCUUUACUUUCCUACUUAAAAAAACACAAACACACUGAGAUAUUGAGUGGGUGAGUUUGUUUUCAGUCCCCUAAUUAAAAGGGUGGAGAUGUCGGGAUGUGUGGAUGUGGGGUUAUAUUCUCUGUUCUUUAAAAAGCUCCAUCUACACUUUGAUUACUGACCUCCUUUUUUAACUCACUGCUUCCUCCCUCUCUGUGAAAAACACCAAAGACCUGGAUUUGAAGAAUUCUCCUCUCUCUGUAGUUUAAUUGUUCUCAGUCGUAUCAUUAAUACCUCUGAUGGUAAUUGCCUAUCUUCGUGAAUUCUCUGCACUGUUGAUUGUUUGUAAAUUAAUGCAUAGCUUUGUUUGAAGAGCAUGACACAACAGAAGUUUAUUAGUGUGCCCCAUCUGCUCGGGGGACCUCUGAAGGGCUGUUUACAUCACACAACCUGAUGUUCAUGUCAGACGUUGACACAAGGCUCCAUAUCUUCCUAAUUGAUAGGAAGCUGCCAGCAUUGAAAAUAGCUGAGUGUGCCUUUAGCUUGAAUGGGUGUCGGAGGUAUUUCCAAAGCCCAUUGUGUGGACAGGCCUUAAUAGAGAGGAGGACUGAAACUGUACGAAAUGUUAAAUGAAUUACUUGCUACAUAAAUAUUAAUGAAUGGUACAAGUGAGUCAUUUAACGACUCAAUAAAAUGACAUUUACCAUGAUAGUUAAUCUCCAAUUGGACAAGACUAAUUUCUAAAUGAAAAACACGACUCUUAAUAGUCACUGAACGUCAGUUAUGAAUGGGUAUCUUGACACGCUGGCACCAUGGCCGCACAUUACAGAUCGUUAUAUCGCUCACAGGAGUCCAAGAUCAUUUGUUGGACUGCUAUCCUGCAGAAGCGUCGCCAUGACACCUACUAAGACCCGAGAGCUGGAGUCGCCUCAGUACUUUUUGGUUUUUGGACGCCUGUACAGCACAAAGCAAAUACAGAUAUUUAAUGGAGGAGUAAACGUUUUCAGGAAAGCAUGAGAGAUUUGAUCGGUGCACAAGUAGUUGUAUUUAAAAUCAUCUUCAGGGAGCGCGUCAUGACUGUAAUUUUGAAGCUAUAAGAUGUAAUCUAUCCCGUAUAUAAAUAUAGGAGGUACUCAGACUAGAUGCCUUCAGAGUUAUAAAUAUCUCCAUUAUAGGAGGGUUUGAGGUCAUAAAUUACACCCUGUGAAUCUGAUGUUUGAAUAAAGCAGCAGAUAGAGAAAUAGUGCACUUCACAGUAAAUAGAGACUGAUUUGUGACCCAGCCUGUUCCUCUUUAACAGCUGCGAGGAACCUCAAAGAAGAUGUCAGUCACAAUCUCACUGACAGUUUAAGUGCGCAGUCAGACUCUGGGUUCACAGAGGGUCCAUGUUGGGGGUCUAUCAUCUCAGUGUUGAAGCUGGGGAUGAAAAGAGCAGCAAGACUCCACUGAAGGAGGAAUUUGCCUCCAGAUAAAUGUGCGGUUAUAUUAUUUCCAUGUUCUCUGCUGUCCAUCUAGUCCACGGUUAACCUACAUUCAGAACACACCUGGGUUUUGUUUGGAGGAGGUGUAAGACGCCCACGGUGCCACUGUGGAUACUGAACUUCUGGACCACACUCGCCGUGAUGGUGGUCAGAACAAACACCUAAAUGUGGUCUGAGUACUCUGAGUAACACCCACACCAGCAGGCCUCCACUAACUUUCAUUUAAAACUGCAUGUGCACAUUCGCUCCUCUUAUCCCAAAUUUCCAUUUUGCCAUCCGCCAGUUCCUACCAGAUCCGUUUGUGAGGCGAAUUUUGUGGCGGAUUUCAGACAGCGGGAAUCGCAAGAACUCACAAGAACCUGCGGAUUCACAUGCAAUUGCUUGAUAACAAGUUGUCUCUAUAAAGACAGACACAUAGACAUAUAAGCAGUAGAUUGUGUCCUUCCAGAGGAGGAAAUCUACUUCUAGACUUUUAGACUUCUAGACGUCCAGAAAAAAAUAGAACCAUGGUGAUCUGCUACGAAGCCCGCUGAACCGCAGGGGGACGGAAAGAAGCCAGUGGAACCUGACAGAUUAACUUGAAUGGAAACGAUCAGCCACAAUCGGCGCCGACGGCCUUUUCGCUGCCAUUCCGAAUGUGGUGGAAACUGGGGGUUAGCUUACAGCCUAGUGAGCUGCUAGGAAAAAGUUUGAGGCUUUUAAGAAAACCCAGGAGGAAAACAGAGUGGCUUUAAAUAACUUCAUUUAAUAGGAGAUCUUUGCAGGAACACAGAGAGUUAAAGAGCUUUCUUCUAAUCAGCCAAACACCAACAUAAAUCAUCUUCAGAAACAGGGAAGGAUUAACACUCGAUGUUUUAAAGGAGAUGGUUCACAAAGAAGGAUGUUGACGCUUUAUUUUCUCCUGUUUAUUUUUCCAAACAUCAAAAUGAAAAAAAAGGGGCUGCGAAAAAAACGCAAUGUUCAGAUAUCCAAGAAGAUUCACUUUAAAUGGAUAUUUUAGAUUUUGUGUUUUCUUCAGGUAAUUGCACCAGCUGGUAAAAUGUAGUGUGGGUCAGGCCGUGAGAUCGGUAAUGGAGGGUUUGUUCGACCACUGAGUUGAUGAGUCAGCUAAACAGAAGGUGAAAGCCAUAAAUUUUUAGGUCUGUGAGAUGGAUCUGUGAGGGCAGAUCUGCUUUUUCUUCGUGGUCUGAGUCCUUUGUGGCGCCCCCUUCCCUGGCAGUUUCAUGGUCAUGUAUGACUGACCCCAAGGGAGACCUAAAACUUGCCUGAAGGAUUACCCAUCUCAUCAGGUUUAGGAGCACUUCAGGAAAACCCCCAAGAGGAGGGAACCGGCCAAUGACGCUGAUAAAGCAGAUAUUUGGACCGCCUAGCUGAGCGGGCUGCCAAUGGAGAGAUGGUUGGAUGGAUGGAUGGACAGAUGGAUGCAUGAGUGGAUGCACAGAUUGAGAGUUGGGAGGUAUGGACAGACGGAUGAAUGUUCGAUGGAGUGUUUGAAUCCACUUUUAGAGGACUGUCUAUCACCGCUGUGUUUGAAUGUGUACGUUUAAGAGAGCUGGACAGGUUCUGCCGCACAAUAGCAACAAACCACCAAAUUAUCCCAUCAACAUCAAUUACUCAUCCGCCGCUGAGCAGAUUCACAACAAGAUACUAAAAGCUCCCACAGCCUGUUCGCAGUGACACAGCCAAUUACUGCUAGUUAAACCUUGGAAGCCAAAAAUUAUUACAAGGCCUAAAGGUCUUCUGGAGCGCGCACACGCUGUCGACAACUACAAAUCCCCCCAAAAAAGAAAUUGUCAGAGUCGUGUAAUUAUUGCAGUUUCUGGUUUGGGAAAGUUCCACGGAGCAAAUAUAAAUGGCGUGACUCCUUCUUGAGAUGCAAAGCACUUUGAAACUUUAGAGUUAAACCUUCUGAAAAGAGCAGUUGCCAAGAAAUUCGACACUCCUCAGCGAGUCGCACGGCAAACAAUCGUCAAACAAUCGAGUGAAAUAUUGUUUUCCAUUUCAUUAUCAUACAAAGCAGGUGUCGCUGUAAGCAAAUACCUCGCCCGGGAGACACAUUGGAAUUUCCGCAGCAAUGUUUUGUCAAAUACCCGGUUUCAUUUCACGGGAAGUGCUUGAACUAAAUCUGACAAAGAUCCUCAUUCGCUGCCAAACAUCCCCACUCAAAUGAUCUGGUACUUGGUUUUUAAAGCCCAUCAUCCUUAAAGGGGGGAACAUUUCUCACACCAUCAACAGAAUCUCUUUACAUGCUUUAUGGAAAAUAAGUUUUUUUAACACUGGUUGUAAGAUGAAACGACUCUCUGAAAGGGACGUUUCUCGCUUCGUUCUGCCUGUUUUUUGGCUCUCGUCAUAAAUCCCUUAAAUCUGUUUCCUCUGCAAAGCGAUGCGUUUUAACUCCUAGCUCAUUAGCGGCACUUCAAAUCCUCGCUGUAUCGCAUCUCCUUCGCCUUUCAUUCAAUCACGUGCAACAGCAGCAGCAGCAGCAACAACCCCUGCUCUCUUGCACCGUGUCUGAGCCGUCUUCUCCUUUUCUGUCUGAGGAGCGUGCGUGAAGGUGGCUGGUGUUGCCCUUCUACCUUUCAGUGCACAUCAGUUUUAUGCAAAUCCGGAACAGCAGGGUGCGUGGGUUUUUAAUUGAGAGAGAAAACAAAGUUAAUCUAGUUGGAUAAACACUACCUUAAAAAACAAAACUCAGGGCAUCCUCUCUUCCUACGCUCAAAUAUUCUGCAGAAAAUAUGAAUACUGAAAAGGACGUGUGAGGUUUUGAUGUCUCUUGGAAAUCGUUUCACCCCAAAGUGGCGUGGAAAGUCAACAGAAAAGGAAUCGUGACUGGAAUGAGGUAUUGACGCCACCUCCUGUCCCUUGGGGCGGACAGAUUAGAAAUGGCGGCAGCGAACACAGGAGGGGGGUGCGGUGCAGUGCAGUGCAGGGGCACGACGACAGAGCAAGUUUAGGAGGGAGGAGAGAGGAGGAGGAGGGGCGGGUUAUUGACACACAGAUUAAAUGGAUUUCCCUGUAAAACCAGUGGAUGAAAAUCUAACAACUCUGACACUGGUGCAUUGGGAAAUGAAAGCAGCAGAGGUGCCUAAUAGCAGGUUUCAUGGUACAGUUGUAAAGAUUUGGAGUAAUGGUUUUCACUGCAGUGCUUUGUAAUCUUUUGUGGCUCUCGAUUUAAAAUAUGGAGGGAUAGUCCAACAUCCACUCGGGGGGACAACCCAAUUAUCAGAGCGAGGGGUAGUUACAGGCUGUUUUUUUUCUUCUUCUAAAGACUGAAAAGGAGCUAAUCUUAAUUAUUCAGGUGUUUAAAAGUGUUAUUAGUCAAGUCGACGUCCCUAAACUAAAAGGCCACAGACAUAACAGCUGGGGUUUUUUAUGUGGUCCACGCUCCACUGGCUGCAGUCUGGUAAUUUCAAUAAAAAUGGGAGAAAAUUGGAGGUUGUUUCCAAGGGGAGGUUAUAAUUAGUUGAUAACAGCUGACAGAUGCAUUAGAGGUUAGAGCACAUCUGGGUUUUAAAUGUGUUUUGUAGGUCAAUUUGAAAUGUCCGAGAUCACAGGUGUUGGCUCCAAUAAAUCCUAAAUUGAAAGGGUUAUGGUUUAUGGGAUUUGACAGCCCCCCGACAGUGAGAGUGUUUCCCCGUUUCGUCUUAGAAAACCGCCGAAGGAAUCUUCCCACCGAAGCAUCGAUCAACUCUAACCCCAUGUUAAUAUUGUCAGAACAUAUUUAACCUUUAAAGCUGCCUUAAUCUAUAUUUCAGUAGAAAAAGCGGCUCUAAUAAACCCCGCGUACGUGGCUGCUCCGACACUAGAAGGCAGACAGACACACUUAGAGACUGGCUGGUGAAUUUAGUGGAGCAUUAAGCAGCAAAAGAGCCAGAAAUCUCCCUCUGGAGUUUGUGCAAACUAAAAGAGUGUUAAAAGGACAGUGAGUUUGGGUCUAAAGUUCUUCAUGUGGGAAGAAACAUUAUUAAUAAUUAAGGCUAAUGGUGCGCAAUGUCUGCUGAGUGUGGGAAAGGCCUCAAACUUUUCUCACAUGGAAAUAAAAAGGGUGUCAGAAUGUCUUUUUUUGGUUCACAGCUUCUUCCACCCUGACAUGCUGGAAAAAGUUCUAGAAACAAGUGAAAGUUUCUUCGUCUUCUUUCCACAUUUUUGGGGUUUUUACUCUGCAGAAAAUUCACACUUACUCUGAAAACUGCUGCACAGAAAAGAAAAGGGUAAAAACUUAAUCUGAAGUUCUCAUAGUAGUGAUAAAAAGUCCAGAUUAGGGAGAGAUUGGCACACAUGGGCGGACAUCCUUGGUUAGUUGACUCACUUGGACCUGGGUAUUGAGUCCUAGUCUUUCACUGUGGCCUCUCUAUUCAACACACAGAUUAGCGGAUCUACAUGGAUCCACCUGUUGCAGAGUAAAGUCACAUAACAAGACUUUUUUGCUUGGGUUGGCUCAGCUGUGUUUUUACUUUUACACAAUAUUCAGAUUUGUCUAAUAGUCUGUACUCUGAGAGGAUCCAUCCAAACAUAAAAAGACAUAUAAGAGAGUAAAGAUGGUUAUAUUAUAUCUAAUGGAGGCAUAAUUGAACCCUGACCUUUCCUGUGAAUAUGCUGUGUGCAUUAGGGCUGGGAAUCUCAGGGUACCUCACGACACGAUAGGAUACGCGAUACAUGGCUCACAAUAACGAUAAUAUUUCGAUAUGGGGAUACUGCGAUUAUCGAGACAUUGGUCCCGGUAACCUGAUAUAUCUGUGUAACAAAGAAGGACACUAUUUUAAACUCAUUUAGAAAACAAGCGCUGGAACAGGUUUUUCAGUGAAAUAUUUACGGCUGGGUCAUCAUGAAGCGAAGCCCCUCAUUUUCCACAACGCUGUACGGACGAAGGUCCUUACAUAUAUACACAGAAAUGUCAUGUGUCAUUGCUGUUGCUCUGGGUGAACUAAACUGAAGUUUUGCCUGACAGAUAGAGUCAACACUUGGCUGUACCAAGGAGUCAGUAGGUACAGUUUUCUCUGCAAGCUGUGUGGCGAAUUUUCGAGAGACACUUCUGAAAGUCCUUUUUUCCAGCUUGGUCCCGUCAACACUAAAAAUGCCAAAAUGUGUCCAUACUCUUGAUUUAAAUGAAGCAGGUACUUAGCUCCAGUCCACCAUAUCUGCUCCGUUGUUUGUUUUUUCACUCUCUGUGGUUUUGGCCCAUAGACUGUACAUAUACUAUGGACAUCUUGGUUACGCCUCCAGAACCAAGUUGUCCAUAAAAUCUGCGAUUUUUCUUCAUUUCCUGAAACUAGCAUUGCACAGAAGCGUUGUGCGCAUUUGGCGGGAGAGUCGCCGAAAGUCGCUCUAAUGACAUUCAGCUCAAACAGCGUAUCCCCUGGGUGAGCUACGCAAUCCCUGAACGCCAACAGGCCAUAUCAGGUGUCAAUCAUAGAAAACAUGAACCCCCUAUGAAUGGAGCUGUAUAGAAAAAAGAGGACUUGAGCACAAACCAGUCUGACAGUAACUACAUGUCAACAUCGCAAACAGCUUUGCUGGUGGAGGCAGGAUUUAUGACCUAUACUGCAGCCCGUCAACAGAGGGUGCUGUUCUCAGAGUGGCUUCACCCAGCGAGGAGGCAGACUCUGUCCAUUCUAUAUACAGUCUAUGAUUUGGCCCAACAGUCACUCAUUCGCCUGAGGAGCGCCCCCUGGAUGACAUGUAAAACUCGACUCGAAUCGCUAAGGGGGAGCGAUGAAAGAAGUGUAUAGCGGCGAGCACGCAUCGAUAAUCCAUUGUUAUGUUAAAUAUCGCGAUAGUUCGCCAUAUCGAUAUUUUGUCACAUUCCUACUGAGCAUAUCUGAACAAAGGGAAAUAGCAUUGCUGUUUUGAAUGAGCAUCAAUACAACAUUUCCCCCCUAAUGUCACCAGUUUGACGACGUUAAACAGAGUCGACAGGGAUGGACUAAACUUUCUCAGCCUGUGGAGUUUACAACAGAAAACUUUAAAACUCACUUAAUAACCAUUAAAGGUGCCAACAACAAAAAAAAAGGGUUCAGUCCUGAUGAAAUCAUAAAAGGCUCAAAAUCCAAUUGUGAGCGCUGUAGGUGCUCAUUGAUUCUUUAGCAUACAGACGGUGAAACCCAGGAUCCACUUUUCCAGACAGGUGAGAGAUGAGAGAAACUCCUAUUGAGCGAUUGCACCGAAUUACAGGAGCUAAUGGAACAGUUGCGCGGCGCUCACAGCGGCGUCAGGAGUCAGGACUGUGCGAGGAGGAACUCGAUGUAUUGACUUCAUACUUUUGAUCUCGGCCCGUUUUUCAACACCGCAUGUUGCAAGAAACGAGACAUCGCACAGUCCUUUAACCAGAGUUUGAACUUUUUGUAGCAUAAAGGCGUCAUUUUAGGAGCGUCGCUUUUUGGACAGGAAUUUAAUAUAGUCUCGUCUCAUGUGUGUAUUUUGUGCGAGUCGUCUCCCCCCACGCCUCCCCCCCCGUGACACUGACUAACUGCCGGUCUGGGAUGUCAGAGGACUGCUCCUCACUUUGAUGAUGACUCGCUGUGGCACGCCGCCUUUGAUCGUCUCCCCAGCUUUGUGAAUAAAGAAUACGCUGUGAUUGACGCCGCGCACAUUAUGGCCGUUUGAGAGUUGGCGGGGGAGAAAAAGACACGUCUGUCAUGUUGAAAAGGGGGCUCCUGUCUCCGCCGCUGAGGGCCAAGUUAGAGGCGAUGCACUCUGUAAGCUGCUUUCAACAUCUAACCCUAUACGCGGCCUGUUAUCGGCGCUCCCCCUGCAAUGAAUCGACGCCGUCUUUUUGUAGUGCGCUGUGCGGUUUGUUUGAUUUCAGCAGCGUUUCAUCAACACCCACGGCUAUUUUAAAGCACAGGCAGCCUGAAUGCAGAUUUGCGGGUUCGUUACACUUAUGUGCCGAGAUGAACUCUCCGCUCUUAUCGUGAAAGGGGGACGUGACGGAGCGCAGAUCUGCCGUAAUCAAGCAUAAUGGGUGAUAAAACGUGCUUAAACCUUCUGCUACGACACACGGCCCCUGUCUCAUCCUGUUUGGUAUUCUCAGCCGUAGAGGCAAUUACAAGAAUAUUACGCAGGAUAACAAGAAUACGGACAUCAGGAGAAACACAAAACCGGUAUUUUGUCCUUUGAUAUUCCUUUGAUAUGCAGGAAAUAGAUCUGAAAAACAAAACCUGUUGGUAAUAAUAGCAAAGAAAUGCAAAAACAGGCGUCUUUAGAAUUCCAACAAGCAGCGUAUACAGAUCCAUUAGAUACAGUGGAUAUGCUCUGUGAAUAAUGCACUGCAGACAAGGCUAAGCCCUACGGGGGCAGCUGAGUCUGGUGGUUUUAAUACGUUGAGGAAAUGUGCUGAGCGCCUCGGAGAUGUCACACACAUUCAUCAGUGCGACGAAGGGGAAUCAAGCUGACAACUCUGCAUACAGGCAGGUUUGUUAUUGGAGGGAUGUGUUAACAUGUAUUCAGGGAUUUAAGGGUAUAAUACAGUGUGGUGUUAUAAUCACUGCUGGAUGUGAGAGAUGGGAUUAAGACGUGACCUGCAGAUCUUGUCAGCUCUCCCACAUGCACACACGAUUUACAUAUGUGCAUGUACGGGUGUUUACUCGCCUGAGUACUGGGAGAAUCCAAAGCAAUCUGCCACCUCCUCUGAAAGUAUCCGAGCGCCGACUGUAACACAAAGGACGGCGAGGAACACCUGCCGAGAUGAUGGAGAUGGCGGACGGCCAAGACGACAUAUGGGUCUCAUUCUGGCCCUAAUGAAGACAACCUGACAUAAAUAUCGGACAAAACGGACCGCUCUGGAGACCGGCACUGAAAGAUUUGAUCAAACCUCGGCGGUGUUAUGGCAGGAGUAGAAACGUGCGAGGAAAGCAGAGUCUGGGCCGUGGUACGAUAGAUUUAAUGCAUAACAAUGUGGCUUUCCGAAAGUAAAAACAUUUCAGUGAUCCUUGAAGCUUUCAGGUAACAGAGCAAAAGAAUUCACAGUUGCCGGAUGAGAUGAUUUCGUUGCUGUAAACAAGUGCGAGCUCAAGGUGUAUGAAGUGUCAGAACAUCUCAGCGUUAAAAGCGAAAAGCUUUCUUAAGCCGGGGAGACGUUGCUAUCCUCGAGCUCUGAGACGGUGUCAAAAAGACGAACAUCAGAAGCAUGAACACGGAUAAUUAAGAGAAGUCAGGGAACUCAAAAGCAGCACCUGGAAACAGCAUCUAUCCUAAACUUUAAACCCUUUAAAUUGAUUUUUCCCUCAUAAUGUUGAAAAGUGGAGAACCCCGUGCCAAAUACUGCUCCUCCGGUUUGUGCUGACUGUCUUUUUCCUUGGCCUGAGCGGACCUUCCUGUUGUUUUUUAGAACAAUCAGCAAAACAAACAGAAAAAUGGUCGUAAUCCAACUCACUGUCUAAACCUUUGUCCUUGUAGUGAUCCACGUUUAAGCCCGCAGACAGCGAGGGCGCCUCGGACCGCCUGACGAGGACGCUCUGCCUGUUUAGAGAGAUAAUAACUUGGACCACAGACGCGGUAAUAGCCUCCCCCUGAGAAGAAAUGUUGCACUGCCACUUCACAGUGUUGUCUAUUUAUAGAGCAGCAUAAUUAAUAUGCUGUAAUUGUAAAGCUGUGAUGUACAGAGUGCACUGCGAAGAGGCCCCUGUGUUCUCGCAGGAGGAAAAAAGUCGAGCAAAGAUGUAAAACGAUAGUCGACACGGCUGUCAAAUCACAUAUCAGCGGACAUUUCUUUCCUUCUUUUCUCUAUUUCUGCGACGACACCGAGGGCUAAUCUCCAGCCCGGGGUGAUACAUUAUAAAUGCCGAGCAGAAUAUGCAAAACGGAGCGGUGCAUUUCUGUCAUGGCUUCACACUGACAAAGGCACUUUUCUACCCUACAUGACAGAAAGGAUUAAUAAUCAUCCAUUACUGUCGGAGUUCAUCAGCGUCCCGGAUCGUACCGGGGAUCCGUGUUUCUCAGCUGAUGUCGUAAUCCCAAGGAGGGUCCAAACCGUGGUUAUGAUCACACAGGCUGUAAUCCGUUCAUUAGGGGGAAACAAUCUCAAAGUCCUCUCUUUUUUUUAUUAUAAUUAAUGGUUUUUAAAUGAUGAUGUGAUGUACUGUAUACGCGGGAGCAGCCUCCCUUAUAGUAUGUUAAUGAUCCGCAGCAUUCUGUUAAUCAGUCAAUUAAUCACCAUCUUAUGAAUUUAAUCUCUUACUUAGUUCCUGUUCUACAUAAUGGGUUUUAAACAUUCAAAGUCAUGCUUGGAUUACAAAUGAGCCUCAUCCUGAUACCAUGAUCCUGUCCUACUGGGCUUUAUUGACAGGCUCUGAUCCGGCACGUUUACAAUUCGUCUUUAACAACGUCUCUAUGUUGGCAUGACUUUGCAAAAAGAGCCCACUGAAGUUAUUUAGUGUUUUACUUCAGCACCACGUACAGUUUUUAUUUUCCAGGAUGAAGAAUAACCUCUUCACUAUCUCCCUCAAAAAGCACAUUUUGCGUUUUAGAUCCCAGACAGCACGGCUGAAAACAAACUCAUGUUUAUUUAUCACUUUAUACUGAAGCCUCUCACAUCAGGAGCUCAGUUAGUCCGGACAAAAGUAAAAAAAAGGGUUUACUGUACGAGAAUAAACGAAGCAACUGUACAAUUUUAAUACGACUUUAAGAGGGAGUGAUGUUUUUAAAAGGAUUGGUAAAAAAAUUAAAAUAUUGUCUUAUUGGACUCGUGUUACAAGUGUUUCUGAAAACCUUUUUAAGCUGCUUUGAAAAGUUUUAAAUGACUGGAAUCUCUUUAUAACCUAAAGUAACAAACAAGACUGUCAACAAAUAGAGUGACUUUUUCUAUAUUUCUUUAUUUCUGCAUUUUUAUUUGAUGUGAGAAAAAACCCCGGGGGAGACAUCUACGGUGGCCGACAGGUGCCAAAAGACACAACUUCAAAAGCGCCCCCACAGGCCUUUGGGCGCUCCCGUUGUUUUGUUCUUUACAGCUGUUUGUGUUUUUGUAUUUGUGUGUUUGUCUGCACUUUUGAAGCCGUGUUGUUUCUGCAUUUGCAGCAUGCUCCUCCUAAAGAAGAUCAUUCAGACUAUUGCAGAUCAUUGGCCCUUAUCGGCCACCGUAGCUGCCAGAGUGGUUACCUGCUCUCUGCUGAUGAGCUGUUUUUCGUUCAGUGAUCCAUCUGAGUAUUGACACAGACUUUCUUUUUCUGCAGAAACACUUUGUAUGCAAUCAGCAAAGACCACAAAGAACAUACAGACCAACAUUUAUAAUCUAAAGGGAGUGUCUGCCGUUAUUUCAACAUGUUAUUAUUCAUCAGAGACUCAUUUUUGGUCAUAAUUAUCAACUUUAUCAGUAUUAAAGUCAUAAACUCCAGCCUUUUGGUCUCUGGAGGACAUUUGAUCUGACUACACUAAGUCAGGGUCCAGCUGUUUCUGCAGAAGUUUGUUCAAGUUCAGCAUAUGAUGAUCACAGCGCUCCUAUUUGUCACACAGUCAGUGUUUUCAUGGUUGUGUUUAGGACACGAGGUCAACUCUGUGACUGUAUUUGAACAAACUAACCCUCCACUGUUCACUAAAUACAGUAACUAGCUGCGAUUACAAGGGCACAAAUAAUAGGAAUAAAAAAGUUUCAUGUAAACAUGUCAAUCGGAAAAUUCUGAUCCAAUUCGGCUCAAUCAGAAAGAAACUGUAUUCCGAUCUGGAGGGGUGGUUUAUGCCGAUCGAUAUUCCAGAACCCGUCCAUGAAAAUCGUGACUCUCUAACCUGACUCGGUCUUCACUCUUUAGUCUUUCGCUUAUUUAUUAAGGUUUCUUUAUGAACACAAAUGCAGGUGUCAUACCUGCUCCUCCAAUAACAUAACAAGGCGUACAUACAGCGUAAUGAUGUCACAUCUGAACGCACAGUGCAACCUUUGACAGGACAGUAAAAUAAGUAAGCAAGGGCGCCAUCUAGGGACAACAUCUAACAAGGGUAAACUCUUGAAUUGGAUGGAGUGAGCUAAUACCGUGUUUGUUGGUUUGUUGACAGCACAGGCGUCGAUACAACUCUUCUUCUGUGAUUGUUUUAGUGAAAUCAGACAAUCAGAUGCUUCUAAUCUGAAUAAAACCUGGUGCAUUUAUGAUCUGAUUAUUUGACUCUGCGCCUAUAUCAGUAGAUUCUGAUUAUCCGAUCCCUCAAAUCAAGAAAUUUUGCACAUGUAAACAUGGUUACUGAGCAUACUACUAACCUCAGGUUAACACUAACUUUGGCUCUGUUAUAAACCGCUCAUAACUGUUUUAAUUCCUUUAAGUUGCUGAUUUCUUGAGCGUUUUAACUCCAGCUGCAUCAGAAAAGUGUGAUAAUCUCGUUACCUGACUACCUUAAAAACACAUUAUCAGGUUAAGUGUGGUGGAGAGCUCCAUUGAGCCGUGACAGAUCUGAAAUGAAGAAGACUCUGUCACACUUUGGAGCGCUCUGGAGGGAGUUCUCUAAAGUGCGAAAAAUACCCCUGACGUUGUCACUGUCAUUUCGUUCUAUUAUUAGACAGAUGGUGGAGAGAUGACAGGAAAUGAGAUGGAGAGAGGCAGGUAUCAACGUGUAUCUAUAGGUCCCUUCAUGCUCGGCGCACGUUACUUUGAUUUCCACUUUUUUUUUUUCAUAUCAAUCCUUUCAGGGUCGAGCAUCUUAAUGUAAAAGCAAUAAGAGCAGAUGUUUGAUUUUUAUAAACUCUGACUGCUUUUAAACUCGUCGUUUUUUCAGACUUUUCUUAGACACGCUGACGUAAGCGGCGGGAUAACUGCUCUAGCUUUUUGAAGGGCUGGACUAAACGUUAUUAAUUCCAGUCUGGGUCUGAACGUCAGCUUAGAUUACCCUUGUUGGGAGUGGAGGAAUAUUUUGGGAUGGCUUCAUUCCUUCCAGGCAGAAGUUUCAUGGUCACUUGCUUCAAUCUGGUUAUAAAAACGCCGCGGCGCUCUCUCUGAAUGCUGCACUCAUAUCUGGAAUUGAAACGUACCUCGACUGACAGAAACACUAAUGUGAUUUAUUUGUGUUCUGCUUGGAGGACUCAGUGACAGGAGGAGCAGACAGAAACCAACACAACAUUACAGAGUGACAGAUAAAUUCCCCUCUCUACAUAAGCUCAACAAACGCAAACUCGAAGAGGCGUUUCUGCUCAAUUAGCACAUUUCACCGCCUCUUAAACCUCGCCAGGACUUCUCUAUAUACUAAUAUUUUGAUAUACUGAGUUAUUUAUUGAUAGUAGGCUCCCACUGGUGAGUUAAGCUCUCAGCACCUGUACAGUUUUUCCCAUUUAAUAUUCUAGUAACUGCUGUCGACUGUCAAUGAGAUGCACCCGCUGACCUCGCCUGUCUCACGCCUGAACACACACAUCAGCAGGUUUGCUAAAAGAGGCCAAAACAGAGCAGUUAGAGGCAUCAUUCAACGGAAAUACACCGUAAUUGGCGAGCCAAUGGAGCUCCAAUAAACCCCUCUGAGGAAAGUUGUUAUUAUCAAUUUAAAGUUUGACAAGUUCUAGACGCUGUGCAUGCACAGUCAGGUUAAAAUGUGCUCUUAUUAAACUCUUAACACCCAGUUAUAACCUUCCUGUACAUUGACACUGCAAUCAUAACUUCAUUGUUUUACAUUAGAGACUGACUUAUUGGGCCGAUAAAUGUUCGGGAAAUGAAUAAAUUUGCACAAUUUUCCGAGUCGCGCUCGCCUAUGGAGGAAAAAGUAGUGCAGAAAAAAAAAGAGGAGGUGCGGAGCGGUUAGCCUCUAUACGAGACUUUAAAAUUGGUUUCUGCAAUUUCUCGCAAUAAAUCUUGUAUUAAUUUAACAUCCCCAAAUUAAACUACCGGGUGUUAUGGCCCCAAAUAUGCAGAAUAUAAUAACAUUACCAUUGGAGCAUAUUAAGCCAUGAAUCCAGAUGUCUUGUGACACGUCCCAGACAACAAAGAGGUAAUGACAUCCUGCAGCAGUCUCACUCCAACAUGGGCAAUAUGUUCUGCCCUAUCAAUAGUGCAGGAGGCUUUAUUUGAGCCAAGCUGACACAUUACUUGGCUCCUCAUAUGUGAAAGGCCGUUGGCAAUGAAAACUGUGUUAUAUGGCCCAGUAGUGCUGACAGGUUUCUUUCUCCCUCUCCUCUCUACCCUCCCCCCUUUCUCCCUCUUCCUCCUCUCCCUCUUCCAGGCUGUGGAGAGGCCGGCACGUGGCAGGAGGAAGAGGAGGGGACAAAGAUGGAUCUUCAGCUCGGUGUGAGAGCCUCCCCCCAGGGAAGCCGACGUCGGACGCAAGGCCUCAUGGGCCGUUGACCUGCUGUCUCCGUGAUUUAUGGCGGCUGGGGGCCUCUGGCCACUGCAGACUCCUCUCCUCUCUCUCCUCCGUUUCCCGUCACACACGCCGCAGGAUUGUAAGGAGCCACACACACUGCACCACCGUCUCCAAGAGGAUCCGAAGAGGGAUUCCACGCACAUGCUGAGCCACAGCGCGCCCGCCGCUUCGUACGCCAUCUGGUACAAAAAUAGACACCCCCAUAAACAUUUCUACGCUACAGCGCCGUGUCCCACAAUCCCAUCACAUGUCCAUUAGAGUAAAGGAAGUAUUCUCCGUUUGAGUGUAUGUGGAUUACUAUCAGUCAUGGUGUGUCAGCUGUACAGCCGUCGCUGUAGCUGCUGCUCAUGAGCAGAGGCGGAUCAAUGGAAGUGCGCUGAGUAACGAGGUGAAGCUCCUUUAUCCACAUGGUCUGAGAGCAAUCAGCAGCCAGGAUAUCUUCGCUGACUCUACACACCGCUCGGCCUCUACAUCACAGUAACCGCCGUCAUCUCGGGACCGACAGCGCAGUGACUCAUAGUAUUGUUUCAAUAUCAGACACACGUGCGGGACAUCAGCGCCUGGAAACCUCCGGGUUGGGAGAGGACGCGCCGCCGUAUUCCCCGUCUUGACUGGUCUUUCUUUUGGAAGCUGGAGACUGAGAGUGAGAGCCAGCAGGUGCCCUCACCAUGGUGUUACCGCCCCCAGAUAAACGCCACGUGUGCCUGACCACCAUCGUCAUCAUGACCAGCAUGGCCUUCAUGGACGCCUACCUGGUGGAGCAGAACCAGGGUCCCAGGAAGAUAGGAGUCUGUAUAAUAGUCCUGGUAGGGGACGUGUGUUUCCUCAUAGUCUUGCGGUACGUGGCCGUAUGGGUCGGCGCCGAGGUGCGCACGGCUCGGAGAGGAUACGCCAUGAUCCUUUGGUUUCUGUACAUCUUUGUCCUGGAGAUCAAGCUCUACUUUGUCUUCCAGAAUUGCAAGGCGGACAGGAAGAGUUUGGAGACGGUGGCCCGGAAAGCUUUGACGUUGUUAUUAUCCGUUUGUGUACCGGGUCUGUACCUGGUUCUCGUGGCUCUGGAUAGUAUGGAAUACGUAAGAACUUUCCGGAAGAAGGAGGACAUGAGGAGUCGUCUGUUCUGGGUGGCGCUGGACCUUCUAGACCUGCUGGAUAUCCAAGCCAACCUAUGGGAGCCCCAGCGGACAGGCCUGCCCAUCUGGGCCGAGGGUCUGAUGUUCUUCUACUGCUACAUCCUGCUGCUCAUCCUGCCCUGCGUGUCUCUGAGCGAGAUCAGCAUGCAGGGCGAACACAUGACGCCCCAGAAGAUGAUGCUGUACCCGGUUCUGAGCCUGGUCACCAUAAACGUGGUGACCAUCCUUAUACGAGGUGUUAACAUGAUUCUGUUUCAGGAUAGCCGCGUUUCCACCAUCUUCGUCGGGAAGAACGUAGUCGCCAUCGCCACCAAGGCGUCCACCUUCCUCGAGUACCGCAGGCAGGUGAAGGAGUUCCCCCACCCGCAGAACGCGAUGGCGCUCGAGCUGCAGCAGAACUCCGUCAGCCACACGCAGCCGCUGCCAAACGCCACCAGUUUGCCGCACGAACCUUCGCCGGCGCAGGACGUUAUCGACACAUGACCGCCAGCGCUGGACUGAAACCCAUUAGAGAACUGACUGCUUUUUUUUACGACAGCUAAAGGAGCGGAGGUAGAUAGAGAAAUCAGCUGCAUGACAGGAUGAUAUUCAGCUCUAGUCAUGCCAACGAGAACCGCUGUGAAACCAUCAAAGAGAUUUUCAGCAUCACCUGCCUGUCAGAACCGACUGUAAACGGACUCUCGGCUCUGAGCGCGGCGUCCGUCCAGACUGUCCAAAUCAAGUCAAAAGGUUUUUAUUGUGCUGUUGUGUUUUUAAUCGUUUCCAAUGUUUUCAAACUUUUAUGAAGAGACAAUCUCUGCACCGCGCAGACCGCUGACAUUAUGUUUGUGUAAAAUGGACUGCUGGUUCCCCCUCGGUGAGUAUCUUGUGUUUUUUCUAAAGGUCACAUUUUUAACAGUGCAUCUGUGGCAUUUCCUUUGAAUUCCAGCGACCAAAGGACAGAGCACUCAGAGCGAAGCGCUGAUGGAGAGGAGGAGGAGGAGGAGGAGGAGGAGGAGCGGAGAGUGACACGGGUCAGGCAUUGGGGGGCUUAGCGUGCUGUGCUCCGAGCAGGGGUGGUGUCAGAAGAAUGCUUAUCUGUCUGUGUUUGGGUUCUGCUGAGAAACAAGCUCUGUACAAGCUGCUGCCUCAGUCAGUGUGACGCUUUACGACCAAAGGUCUGAUUAAAGCACCGGAGCUCAGCACUAUACCAUCUACUGCAGGCAUCCAAGCGUGUGUUUCACUGUGUGUAUGACUGUGAGUGAGUGUGUGUGUGUGUGUCUAUGAACACCCACACUAGUCUAUAGAGUCUGUAUGCCUGCAAGUGUAGGCGUUCACCGCAGGAGGUGUAGGCUAUUUCACAGCGUUUUGAAGCAAAUGUGAGUGAGUUGAUGUGUGUAACGACUCUCCAAUGAGAAAAAAAAACAUGUUGAAGAAAAAUAAAUUAAAAAAAAAAAACAGUAUGAUGGCAGUGAGACACUUUUUGUUUCCUGUACUGUACAUUCCUCUAAAACGAGCUCAAGCCUUGAAAAGAGAGGAUGCAGAGUUCAGAGUCAAGAGAGCGCCUCGCUGAAAAAUCCACAAAAAAUAACUCCUACGAAAACAAUAAACAGAAAAAACACUUUUCUGAUGAUAUUCAGUUUAUUGUUAUUAUCAUUAUUAUAAUUAUUAUGUAUAUUCUUUACUUGUUGGAGGCAAACGAUGUUUUAAUAAAAGUAUUAUUACAUGAACAAUGA